GUACUUGGCUGAAGUGAGGAGGUGAAGUCCCAUCAGCUGAAUCCCUGGGGCAGUAGAGAGGAAGAGCUCUGAAAAGAGCUAGUGAUUAUGCUGCAAGUUCCCUUUCAAUAACGAGACACAGCUACGUUUUGAAGGGUGAAGAACUGACUCCAAUGAGCCAUUAUUGCUGCUUUUAUGCAGGAUCUUACAGGUUUGGCAACACCCACAAGGCAGUUACAGCAACCAAUCACAUACAAGGUUACACCCAGCAGUUACAGUAAAUUCCUCCCUUCUGCUUAGGAGAUAAUUGAGUUAAUUAACUGUAUCUACUCAAUUAUCUCCAACCUGAAAAGUUAAAAUUUUUAUAAAUUUUUAUAACUUUGAGAGUUUAUGAGAUACAGGAAUAAAACUUAUAUUUUUAUGCACAGAACAACUUGGGGAAAAACAUAUCCAAAAUUUGUGCAAAUCCAUUUGGUAAUUCCUGAGAUACAAAAAAGUCUCUUUGGACCGACCGCACGCCUGUUUGUAAGCCCCAAACAGUUCCACAGAUUCAGGCUGUGCGGUCGGUCUAUUUUCAUUCGACGAAAAGUCGAAAGCUUUGUGCUUGGUCUCAUUGAAAACGGCUUGUUCGGGAGUUUAAACCAGGGAAAAAGUGCUGUGUUCAUAUGAAUUUAGCUGAACUCACGGAGGAUGGAGGUUUUAGCUGAGUGCGUUCGACUAAAUAAAUUCACCGCCACCACGUGUUCGGCAAACGAACACCGACCACCAGGUAGAACAAAGAGGCACCCUCCUAACCUGGGUGGUCAGCCGUUCGGGACAAAAUUUGUGCUUUUGUACAGUUCUCCAUUAUGUCCAUUGAAGUCGGUUUAAAUGCAAAUUUGCACAAAUUGGCUGGGGAUAGUGUUAGCAAUCCAGCAUACCGCAGCAGAGGAAGGCUGCUGCAUUGGGGACACUCUGAGGACAUAUUCACAAGCAGCCAUUGCCCUGGCUGACUGAGGGUCUUGUUACAGCCAUUGUAUAGGGGUUGGUUUCCAUACAAGCUUUAUACUGCCCUUUAUUAUUGAAUAAGUCUUCUAGUAGUUUCAUUAGUAUUUCUUGUUGUGUACCUUGUGAGGCUGCAGUAGAUUCUCUUUUUCUACUUCUUUUUUGUUCUCAUUUUAACUUUACCUUUAUAUUAGGUAUUGUUUAAGCUCUAUUUGAUUCUAUUUAUUUUAAUGCUUAGCACUGGGAUCUUCCUCUAUGAUCAUAGCACAGUGCAAUACUUUCUAUUCUCUAUUCAUGUAUAGCCUAGUGUUAGCCCGAUCCAUGCAUGUUUUUUUAACCAUUUUCUUUUACAUUAUUAACAUCCAUGAUUUGUGUACCUAACUCAUCCUGAUAUUUUUUAUUAGGCAUUUAACUGUUUGGGAAGCUUCAGUAAUUCUAGAUUAAGUACCUCACGAUAUUGCACGCGGGUAUUGUCUGAGAUAACGUGUUAUUACUCCAAGCCAUUUGUACUCAUUUCAUACAAUCAUUAGCAUUACUCCAAUUUCUUUUGCCUAAUACCUAUAUUUAAAAACCUUUGUUCACUAUCUUAGACCUUUCACUUUCAUCGUAUACACCAAUAUGCAUGUGUUCUGUUGCUGAUAACGCUUGACUUUAUUGUACAAUAUAUUGUAUUAUAAGAUCUGUCAGUGUACUGUGAAAAAAUAAAGAUUUAAAAAAACAAAGUUUAAAUAUUUAGAGUAAUAUAAACUAGUAUAUUAAAUCCGGUCAUUAGAGAUAGCGUAAUACACUUGGGUUCUUUAAAACAAACAAACUGUUUCUUCAAAGCUGCUGUAGAACAUGUAGCAAACAUGUCAGAAGAUAAUAUAAAAUAAAUAUAAGCCAUAAUCCAUUCAGUUGAUUGGUUGACAGAAGAUGAUUUUUCAGGAGUGGCACUUGGAUUUACCCUAGAGGUGCUCAGCAAUCCAAUAGCUUUGCCAUCUGUUCAGAUAUUAACACAUUACUCUUGAAACUCUGUAAUGAAGGCUCUAGAGUAAUAUUUCAUCAAAAUGACUUUAUGAUAUUAAAGAUGCAUUUAAAUGUAUUGCUUGUUAAAAUAUUUAACCCUCUUAAACUUUGAAAAAUGUAUUGGAUUGUUGGAUGUGUGUGUCUAAAUAUUUGUAGAUAGAUAGACAGAUAGAUACUAGAUAGAUAGAUAGAUAGAAUAAUCCUUGUGGUCUAUUUAGAUAUAUUGAAAUAUAGAUAGAUAGACAGACAGACAGACAGGUACACUUAUAUAUACAUUUGCCUAGUUAUGUACACAAACCAAAAUAUUUAAUGAUGAUUAAAUUGUCUAUCAGGGCUAUUCAGUGACUUAAAGUGUUUAGUGAGUAUCCCUGCAUGUCAAAAAUCUAUAAAUGGUGAGUUGUCCAUGACAGUACACCACGUAUCAAAGGAUACCUCAUAUUACCCAUAACAUUAGUCAAUCAGGCAGUUUGCAAUUGCAAGGGCAGGACAUCACCACUAGAAGCACACUGAUGACAAGACUUGGUAAAAAGAACAUUUCUAUGUUAUUAUUUUUUGCAUAAGUAAAGUUUAGUUGAUUAGAGAAAGUAGAGCCUAUGGGGUAAUGAAGAAACACACUGGUGGUGGCAUAAAAAAAAACAGGGGAUAACCCCUAAAUAGUUAACUGGAAUUAAGAAAAAAAAAAAUAAAAAAAAAUAAAAUCUACCAGCAGGUGUAUCCUAAUUGAGAGAGUUACUAGAAUUAGUGCCAAGGUUAAAACUUAACUUCUAAUGUCAUUUAGUAAUAUUGAGGAUAAGAUAAAAUCAAAUAAAGCUAGGUAUUCAGUCCUUCUUGUAUCUAAUAUUAGGUAAAAUACAUGUUUCACCAAAUUUCACCCGAUUUUAGAUUGCAGAGUUAAAACUACAGGGCCCUUGCACCCAGACCACUUAAUUGAGAUUAAGUGAUCUGGGUGCCCUUUGUGGUCCUUGACAUAAAAUACUAAACACUUUUACUGCUUUUCUUUUGUAUUUUUCAAACACACUGUUGUAAUGUAUUUAAUCUAAUGUGUUAAAUAUUUCCUCUCACUGACCAUUCGCUGGUGCACAUGUCUAAUAAAGAUUAUCAAUAAUGUUUGCAACUGAUAUUUUUUCAUGUAACAAAUUUGUUACUUUUAUGUAUGUCAAAAAUUCACAGCGAUCCUUGAAAACAAUUUAUUUUUAUCUCUUCUAACGUCUUCUACUUGGUUGAUACCUGUGUCUUUCCAUUUGUCCAAAUUCAGGUUGCUUGAGUACAGUGAAAAUAUUGCAGAGCCUAUGAUAGGUCACGAUUCCAAAUGGUACAGUAUAACAUAAUGGUGCCAAAUGUUACAGCAUCAGAUAACAGUGCCAAAUGGUACAGCAUCACAUAGAUAUGGAUUGCUUUUUGAAUUAUAAAUGGUAACAAAAAAAAAAAAAGAAAAGAUCUAAAACAAAUUAAAAGAUGGUUUCUAAUGAGCUGGAUUAAUUUAUUUUUUUUGUAUUAUUUUAUAGAACACCAAAGUGUAAAAAGAAAAAAAGAAGUAAAGAGAUAGAAGAAAAAGUGCAGUAUAAAAUGGGCUUCACAUCUUUUUCACCUAGUCACCAAUGUACUUCAAAGAAAAUGAUGUCAGAUAUCUCGAUUUUUAUAUUUUUUGCAAUUUUUUUGCAAUUUUGGUUUUGAUAUUAUUUCAAAACAUGUAAUGCAUAGAUUGUGGUUUAUGGAAUUUGAACAUGCAAACCAAUAUAUAUAUUCAUUGUGUAAACAUUGUUUUUUUUUCUUUUUAUUAAUGUAUUUUUUAUAUAUUUUAUAAAUAUUUUUUAUAUUUUUUAUAUUUUUUUCAUUUUUUGGAGGUCUUUUCACCUCUAAUAGAAUGAAAAACAGGUUGUCAAUGGAUAUAUUCUUGCAUCCAUGUAUUAAUAUAUUUUAUAUUGAUAUAGGUAUAUUCAUGUUGUGCCAUCCAGAGUUUUUUUUAUUGUUUUCCUCCCCUGUCCAUUUAUCCACCUAUAUAUAUAUAUAUUCAUGGCAUCUUCAGAGCAAUUGAAAAUUCACAAAAAUGGACGAUCACCAUCUACUUCCGGGUUCCUGGAACGCAAGAUGAAAUGCAUGCGGCGUGCGUAAUGACGACACCGCUGAAACAGGAAGAAAGCAGGAAGCGCCACCCAUGCAGAAAUGGAGCACCGGCCGGGAAUUAUUCAAUGAUGAACUUUAGGGGGGAUAUAAAAGAACUGUGGGAGGGAAAGGUCUUUUAUAUUGUAUUGGAAUCUUUGCUGCUACUUGUUCACCAAGUCCCUGAGGAAGUCCGAUUUCGGGACGAAACGCGUAGGACAAAUUGUUUUAUGCUUAUAUGUAAGUUAUUAAAUUCCUUUUUAUUAUACUCUGGAAGUGCACUACAUUUUUUUCUGUAUAUUUUUUUCUUGAGUUACAUAUUCCAACCUACUGAUGGGAGUGUGAAGAUGAGAAAAUACAGUGGAUAUUGGAGGAGAGAUUUUACUUAAGGCUGUUUUACAUCUGGGAAUUUGUGAGUGGCCAAUUGUAACUAACAUAUUGUUACUUACUCUCACACAGUUAAACGCUAUGUUAUUUUAUUUAUUCUGUAUUUAGCGGAUUAUCCCCUAUUCUAUUUGUAUAUAUUCUGUUGAAGACAGGAGGAAGUCUUUGAGGACCUUUCUGGAUACUUCACAUGACACAGGGAAGUUCCAUUCUGCUUAAAAUUAUACACCUUUCUCACUGGGGUUGUAUUCACAUAUCUUGUUUGCUUUUCACAUAAAUGAUGUAGGCAUGUUUGAGUCAUUAAUUGUGCAUUGCAAUCCAACGCCAUAAAAUGGCACUGGUACUCAGCAGCAUGCAUUGAAAUUGUUGUCAGAACCAUGUGAACUGUAGGGAUGCUCUGUAAAAUGACACAUUGGUGCAGGAUUCUCUGUAAAAUGAGGAAUGUGUGCAGGAUGCUUUGUAAAAUGACACAUGGGUGCAAGAUGCAUGUUAAUAUGCCACACUAGUGCUGUAAAGUCACAACAACCUUGAGAUUCAUCCACCGGCCUGCAGGACAGAGCUUAAAUGGAAACCUGGAAUAAAAUGAGUGAAUGAGUAAAUGAGCAUGCAAAUAAGUAGCAGGAAUUCAGGAAUGCUUGUUAGGCCCAUAACCCUCCUAGUGCCCUAAAUACUGCAAAGUACCAUGGGAACAUCUGGAAUCCUUUUCAGUUUUAUUCUCUUCCUGUCUAUCAAAACAAAUAUGAGGCACACGAAAGAUAUUAACAAUGUACAGAUCAGAGGGAAGAAUAUGGGCAUACAAGACAGGAUUGACCCUUUUGAAAAUUGUGAAAGGCCCUAUUUAUCAUAUUACCCUUUUUAUUAAGGGAACCUUCAAGUGUGUGCUGUAGAUGGAGAGCCACACUUUAUUCACCCCCAGGUUAGUAGGGGAAGUACAAUGGAAUUUGUCAGCCCAGGGGAGCAGGUCUUACCAGUUGUCUUGGUUAAGUGAGAAAAAGCAGCAAUCGAUUUGGCUCUACCUUAUUGAGGAGUUCCAUGUAAGCAAAACACCUAAUUAGCAAAUAUUUUGGCAAUUUUUGAGGAUCUAGUGUAUUUAGACAAAGGAACAAAAUAUGACGUUUUGGAAAAUCAGUCUAUUAUCAUUAAAGUGGUGGAGUGUCCUUCAGAAGGAGGUUUAUUUACUUUGAUGUGCAUAGCUGGGUGUGACCAAGGUAUGUUUUGUAUAGGAAGCAUGGUAAUUGGUGUGGUGUUUUGGCUAUAGCAUAAGUAGUACAAGCUUGAACAAAGGCCCUAGUAUUUGGAUGUCCAUCAGAAUGUCUAGAUGUUUUCCUGAUUUUAUUAUUGUCGAGUUUAAAAAGUAGUUUCAAUUUGGUUCCUCUAUUAGAGCAUGUACUAUUUUUCCAAAAGAGAGGAUGAUAAAGAAAUAAUGAUACUACUAUUCGUUCUGUAGAAGUUAUUGGCACAAUUGCCUGUUCUUUCUCAUCAAACAAUUCAAGUUGUCUGGACAUUGUGUGUGCUUUAACAUUACGAGUCCCUGCUCUGAAUUAAUAAUAUAAUUAAAACGAGAUAGGAAUAAUGACCACCUGGUUAUGAGUAUCAUCAUGAGAUUCUCUGACUCUUCCAAUAAAUACCUUUAUUCUAUCAGAGUCAAAGCAAUAGCCAAUAAUUCCCUGUUCCCAAUAUCAUAACUUUGUUCAGCUUUUGAAAGCUUGUGAGAAAAUAAGCCACAGGGAUGAAGACAUUUACCAUGAGCAUUUCUUUAUGAUAGCACAGCCCCUAUUCUUUUUUCAGAGGCAUUAAACUCAAGCACAGAUGGUGGAGAACUAUCUGGGUGCUUGAUGACUGACACAAAAGCAAAUUAUUUCUUAAGCUGUUCAAAAGCAGCUAAGGUCUCAGAAGGCCAUGUAUGUGUACAUUGGUGAUAGGUUCCAUAAAAGAAGAAAACCCCCUUAAUAAAUCUGCAGUAGUAACUUGAAAAUCCAACAAAUCUUUGGAUGGCUUUUAAUCCCUUGGGUAUUAACCACUCUAGUACUGCAGUCAUUUUUUUGUAAUCCAUACUAAACCCAGAAGCAGAAAUAAUAUAACCUAGAAAUUGUACUUCAAUCUGGUUGAAGAGACUUUUUAUAGCUUACAAUAUAAACCAUUCACCAGUAAGGUUUUAGCACUUGAUUUACAUGCAUGUGAUGUGCCUGGACAUCAGGUGAAUAUAUAAGUAUGUCAUCUAAGUAUACAAGGAUGAAAUAAUGUAUAUACUUCUGAGGAUGUCCUGGAAAACAGCUGGGACAUUUCAAAGAUCAAAAGGUACUACAAGGAAUUUGUAAUGCCUGUCUUAAAUUCAUGUCCCUCUCUGAUUUUCACGAGAUUAUAGGCACUUCUGAAAUCAAGUCUAUCAAAAGCUCAAUUAUGAGGGGUAGAAGAUAUGCAUUUCUAAUUAGUUAUCUUAUUUAGACCCCUCGAUGCAAGGUUGUAGAUGCUCUUCCUUUUAGAAACAAUGAAGAUCCUGCACAAGCUGGAGAAAAGGAUUAAAAUCCUUGGAGAGAGCAUCUUUGAUAUAUUCCUCCAUAAUCAUACUUUUAAUUGGUAUUCCCUGCCUUCAGGCACAGUCAUAUGGUCUGUGUGGAGGUAAUGUGCCAGUGUGUUUUUUUUGUUAAAAAUCUCUUUCACCUUUAGAUCAUGUGUUGGAACCUCAGGAGCCAGUGGUUUUAAUAGUAUAGAAAAGCAGAAGCAAUGCAUUUCCUUUUAAAAUCAGAGCACCAGGGCAGAAUUACACUAUGAGUUCAGUUAACGAGGGGAAUACAACUUGGAAAGCAAUUUUCUUUGUGCAAAGCCCUUAAAAAUAGAGUUUCUUGUGAUAGGUCAGCAUCAUUCUCUCUAUGCAAGCAAAAUAGUGCAUGUAAGGCAUUGCACGCAAUACUUAGCCACUUUUGCAUCAAUAACUCUGGGCAUCUAGCACCAUAAAAUGACAUAGCCAUGCAGUGACUGGCAUAAAAAAUUAAAUACAAAAUUUUGUUAACUGUAGGAAUGCUCUGCAAAAUAAUGCAUGGGUACAGGAGGCUCUGUAAAAUGACUCAAGGGUGCAUGAUGCAUGGUAAUAUGUUGCACUGGUGCAGUGGCAGAAAGUCCUCAAUUGGGGAUAUUUAAGAAAUUCCUGUUGGAUAAACCCCUUAGCACCUAUUAAGUAAAUCUACAAUGAAGAUUGUAGGCAUAAAUGCCCCAAGAGUUCAGACAUCACUCCCUCCAGGGUAUAAGCAAUAUUUGAGGGAUACAUCUUUCAAAAUGCUCCAACGGUGGAUAGAUUUUGACAAGUUUCAAUCAAAGUUUAAGCGGUGGCUGGAGUCUCCAUGGAGACAGCAUUAAAUACUCUAAGUCCAACUAUUUGAUCUGUUCUCUUGGGGAAAAGUAACAUUCCUUGAGAAAUUAUAAAUAAAUUAAUAAUUAGUUAUUGCUACAAUUUAGUAAGAUUUGAUACAGGCUACAACCACACCCCUUACCUUCCUAGUAUGAUCAGAUCCUUGUCUACCCUUAAUGAAGCCUGAUUGGUCAUUGUGUACUAUGCGAGUUAGUAUAGUACUUAUUCUAUUCGCUAAACGUUUGGCAUAUAUUUUGGUGUCACAAUUCGAUAGGGAAAUUGGUUGAAAAUCGGGACAUUGGGUUGGGGGCUUCCCAGGUUUUGGUAAGGUUGUGAGCUUGAAGCAUUGCUGUGGGCAUGGACCCCUUCUGAAAACACUGGUUAAACAUUGCCGUCAUGUGAGGCACUAGAAUAUCUUCAAAAGUAUGGCAGUAUAGGUUUGUAAACCCAUCAGGUCCGGGUGAUUUGUGCUUUGGAAAUUGUCUCAGUGUAUCUGCAAUUUCUUGUGGUGUGAAAGGUUGUGUCAGACUGUGGCUUUCCUCCGGGGUGAGAGUAUGAAGGCUGAUAUCAUUCAGAAAUGCAUCUAUGUCAUCCUGUUUAGGUGUAUGGCAGUCAGACAUCUUUGCCAAAUUGUACAAGUCGCUGUAGUACCUGCUAAAUUCCUCCACUAUCUCUUUCGGGUUGGUAAGUUUAUCUCCCUUUUUUGUAUUAAUAAAUGUGAUUUUGGAUGACAGGGCUCUUGCUUUAAGUUUCCUUCUUUAAAAAAUUUGUGUUUCAAUUUUGUUAGUAGGUAAGUCGUUUUUGCCAUUUCUAUGUCUUUCAAUUUGGACUGCAAUUGAAGGAUCUGUUUUGUGAUGUCAAAUGAUGGUGUUUGUUUGUUUGCACGGGUUAGUGUAGCUAAUUCCUUGUUUAUGUCUAUAUAAGCUUUCAUUCGUUGCUUUUUAUUGUAGCUGGCGUGUUUAAUAAAUCGUUUUGAAGGACCACUUUGUGAGCUUGCCAUAGGGUAUCUAGUCCUACCUCUCCUGUAUCAUUUAAGAAGUAUGUUUCUAGAUCUUUGGUGAUUUGUGCUACAAGUGUGUGGUCUGUUAGGAGAGAGUCGUUUAAUCAACAAAUACAGUUCCCACUCGUGGGGUGUUGCUGGCGUGUUUAAUAAAUCAUCCUUGAAGGACCACUUUGUGAGCUUGCCAUAGGGUAUCUAUUCCUACCGCUCCUGUAUCAUUUAAGGAGAAGUAUGUUUCUAGAUCUUUGGUUAUUUGUGCUACAAGUGUGUGGUCUGUUAGGAGAGAGUAGUUUAAUCGACAAAUACGGUUCCCACUCGUGUGGUGUUACAUUGUAAUUGAUAAUGUGAUUGGAGCAUGGUCAGUCCAUGUGAUAAUGCCUAUGUUGGUUUUAGAUAUCUUUGAUGUUUGCGUUGAUGGAAUGAUGAAGCGGUCAAUUCUGGAGUAGGUAUCAUGUACCAGGGAGUGGUGUGUAUAGUCCUUGUCUAAAGUAUCUAAGGCUCUCCAAAUGCCAGUGUAUCCAUGUGUAUGUAGAAUGGUUUCUAUGAGUGAAGCUGAGCGAGCUCUUUGUUUUGUUGUCUUUUGUGAGAUUUUGGAGGAAGAGGUUAUGUCUGAAGUUGGGUCUAGAAUAAAAUUAGUAUCACCCCCAAUCACAAUGUCUCUAAACUUAUGGGCAGUUGUUAAAGUAAGAAUGUGAUCUAGAAAAAUAUGGUGACCAUUAUGUGGGCCAUAGAUGUUGACCAAUGUAUAUUGGGCAUUUUUAAUUAUGCAUUGUAGUAGAAGAUAACGUUCCUUUUUGCCGCUCACUAUUUUUAUCAAUUGAAAGGAAACUUUGUUACUAAUCAGGAUAGUGACACCUCUUUUUUUUUUCCUGUAUGUGCUAUGGUAGCCUAAUGGAAAGUAUCUAGAUGAGAAUUUUGGCUAGGUGGAUGUUUGGAAGUGCGUUUCCUGGUAAAAUGCUAUGUGAGCUUUCUGCUUUUUUGCCAUGCGGCGUUUGUGAGGUGAAUUAAGUCCUUUAGAGUUUAUUGAAAGGAUGUUAAGGGUCAUGUGGGAUUGUUAAUGAGGUGAGAGUGAGCUGGUAUUGUGGUUUGUUAUUGCCUAAACAAUGCGAUUUGGCAUUCUUCUUGGUAUCUGAUCUAGGAGUUGCUCGAUUAUAAAGCAGAGGUACGCUCUGUUGAACCUUAAUGAAAUAUUUAUAUAUCUUUAUUGCCCAGUUUUGCGGGGUAAAUAUAGUCAUGCUUUUGUAAUAUUGUGUCGUCUUGGAGGGGAGGGGGUUUAACGGGGGGGGAACAACAAAAAGUAUUUAACCAACUAUAUACAAAGAAAAGGUCUCCGACAUGAGACCUGAUUUUCCUAGUGCUCUUGGACACUGAAGCCCUCGUGGGGGCGGAGAGUCCCCUAUGUUUUGGGAGAGAGACCAUCUAUCCUAAACUGUUGGGUUGAGCGUUAACCCUCUCAUGGUCUUCAGAUGUCAGUCAAUGAUUUAUAAGUUUCCCAGUGGGUUAAUAACUUUCUGGCUAGGCUCUAACUUCUAUAUUUGCCUUCACAAUGGUGUUUUUAUAGGUGUGUGGAACCUAGUGAGUUAUUUGUGGUUAUAUAUCAUUAAUGAUGUAUAGUCAUAACAUAGCAUAACAUAUUGUAAAUAAAACAUUGAAAGUAUAUUGCAAUACCCGGUAAAACUAGACGUCGACAUUUCUAGUAUAGUCCAGGUGAGAGAGGAGGUAUGGUGUUACCCUUAAGGAAGUCCCUGCGAGCAAGGGAAAUGGAAGAAAGGGGGCACAUUUUCAGACCUUAGUGUAGAUUUAGUUAUCGUUCUAAUUUCCUAAAUAGGCUUAAGUAGUCUGGUUUGACCUUAUAAUGCAUAGGAUGAGCUUCAGAGGUCUAUCGGGGCAUUCUUUAGGUAAUAGUAUACGUGUGUGUAUUAAGCAAAGUGAGGUAUAUAGCACUAAAACAAAACAAAUUAGCUAAUGUGACUUAAAAAAGCAACAUAAGCUAAAAAAUAUAGUAUAGAGGAUGUAAAGAUACAACCUGUAUAACAGGGCGUAACCUAAAAUGGUCUAGAGGAUAAAAAAAUAUAUAUAUAUAUAUGGUGAAGUAUGCAAAGGCAAGGGGCAAAAGCUUCCAGGAGGUGGAAAACUUACAAGAAGUUAAGAUGAUCUGUGCUUAUCUCCCCUUAGGGGUAUCUGAAUGCAGCAGCGGAAUUGUCCUUAUGUCUGAAAGCCUCAGAAAUAUAAAAGGAAAUAUACAUAGAGUAGUACUGUAGAAAAUGUACAAAAGUUUUUUUCACUGAUUGCACUUACAUUCAGGUCGCAAUCUGCAGGCAUAUAUCCACUAACAAGUGGAACACGAUGACCAAUCAAUCUAUGCAGAACAUGGAACAAAAGCUGAUUGUCAAACACUGAUAUGAAAUAGCAGUACAAUCUAAAAUCAAAACAAGAUAAAUGAAUAAUAAAAGUCUCUGUAAAGUGCUCAAAUCCAACGCGUUUCGUCAAUGAUGACUUCUUCAGGAAUAUGAGGGUAAUUCAAGAUCGCUUCUUUAUAUAUCUCUUAGUACAGGUUUUCUCCAUUAGUCAAAAAUUCACGCAGUAUAGCGUACUUCCGGGUUCCGGCAUCAGGCGUUCUUCAUUGGACAAGUCUAUUCUGACGUACAAGAACACAUGAUCGUCCCUGCCACUUCCGCGUUCCACAAUGAAACGCACUGCGGCACUUCCGUCUAGCAUACAUAACGGCGUUCCAAUGAUGGAACGCAUAUCAUAAAUCUGACCCCAAAACUUAAUAACAAGAUGCCAAUGACUAACAAAGUACUCGCAUCUAUGUCAUAUAUAGCCAUCAUGUCAAACGAGUGUAGAGUAAAAAAUAUAUAUAAAAAACAAAUACAGAAACAUUAAAUAAAUAUGCUGAUCCUCCAGAGACCUAAACACAAAAGAAAAAUAUAAAGUACUAAAAAAACUAAAAGGAAAAAAUUGAAAAAAAUUGAAAAAAUAUAUAAUAAUGAAAUAAUCAAAAAAUAAGUAAAUAUAAAAAAAUAAAUAAAAUAAAUAGGAAAUAAAAAAUUUAAUAUAAAAAUAAUAGAUAAAAAAUAAAAAUAAAUAUAAAAAUAAUAAUAAUAAAGUAAAAAUAAGUAUAAAAAUAAAUAAAAAUAAAAAUAAAUGUAAAAAAUAAAAUAAAUAAUAAAAAUAAAGAUCAAAAACUAUAUAAAGAAUAUAUAUAUAAGAAAUAUAAAUAUAAAAACUACAAAAAAGCCUAAAAAUGAAAUCGGUGUCUAGUGGAUCCGCUUAUAUGUACAAAUGGAAAUUCCACAUACUCAAAACAGCUUAUUUUUAUCCCCCCCCAAAAAAAAAAAAAUAUAUAUAUAUAUACACAAAAAUAUGUAUAUAUAUAAACACGGUAUAAGAAUCUCUCAAAAUUCUACAAGAGAAAAGAACCAAAGUUAGUACAAAAAAGUAUUGUGACGAGACCAAUCUCGCCACAUUGCAUUGGAGAAGCCUGGUUGCUCGCCUGCUGCCUUUGGACUAUGGCCCCCUUUUAAAAGACUUUAUUUUUCCAUGCAGAAAAGCCAUAUUCAUGCUUUUCUGCCGGUUGUUCGGUAGUUUCAAUCUACCGAACAACCGUACGAAUGACUGGACCACCUGGGAGCUGGAGUGUGCCGGCAAUUAACCUCCCUGAAGCUGCGGUUAACCGCAGCUUAAUUGAUGAACGCUGGGUGGCCGCCGUUCGUAUCCCGAACACGAGGUCGCGGCCAUUUUAAACCAUACGAAUGAACAGCGGUGUUCGCCUCUAUUUUCAUGGAACUAAAAUCGGACACAGUUUUGCGCGAACACCGCUGAAGCCGCCGACCUCCCUUCUUGUUCGGUGAAAGCACACGAAUGACCCGGUGUUCGGUAUUUUUGUGUGAAUGUCUUAUACCCCAGAUAGGAAUCCCAUGGAGCCCCUUCGUAUGAAACUGACUGUAAAGACUUUGGCUCCAUGGCGAUUGAACUGUAUUCGUGUAGUCUGAGUGCCAUUCACCUAAUAAUGUGCACUCAGACCUGAGCUAUCUGGGGAUGUGUUACAUGCCUGUGUUUAAUGUAGUAAAUGUUACUUUGUGCAUUUUAAAGUAUAAUGCUGUUUUGUGUUCCCACGUGUGUAAUGGAGUUUUGCCUUUGUCUUGGGAGAUAAUUGAAUUACUUCCCAAUUAUCUCCCAGGGCAGAGGGGAGGAAGCCAGGAUGCAUUGUGGGAAUAUACUGUGACUGUGUGUCCUUUUUGUAUACUUGUCUGUCCCUUGUCACAGUCUCCCAUUUGGUCCCCUAGGGGAGUGUCCACCAGGUGGGAGACCUGCAUAAAAGCUGGGCAGGUAGCCCUCAUUAAACAGACCACUGCUUGACCCUCAACACGGAGCCUUGUCUCGUCUUUGGGGGGAUUUACUGUAUGCUGCUAAGGACUGAUUGCCAGGAGUGUAAGCCGCUUGGAAGCUUUUCCUGUUCGCCUGCUAGCAGCUAUUCGUAUGGUUCCUGUUCGUUUAUUUGAAGUGCUACCUUAUUCCCUUGUAUGCCGUUCGGGAGUUUGGAGCAUUCACUUAUUGGCGGUUCGUGAGUUUUGGUGAUUAUACCGUAGCUGUGCCUGUCUCUGAAAAGGGGGAUUAUCGUCUAAGUGGUUUUUUCCCCUUUUAUGCUAAACGGUCCGUUACAAGUAUAUAAACUUUAAAAACCAAAGUGUUCCACUUUGUUGGUCCUAAUGUUGUUAAAAUGCUCUCGAAGUCUGGUAUGUAGCGUCCUAGUAGUUCUACCUACAUAUUGUGCUCCACAUCCACAUUCCAAUAAAUAAAUUACAUAUGUGGAUGUGCAGUGCAUACAUUUUUUGAUAGUAUAUGUCUUAUUCGUAUAAGUACCUGUAAACGUGAUAGUCUUUCUUUUGAUAAGUACAUGUAGAACAGGUGCCACAUUUAUGAAAACCUGGGGUCUUUUGAGAAAGUAAAAAAUUAUUAUUGGAGUUCGUAAUCUGUGAAGGUAAGAGUAGGUGCCAAUUUAUUCUUUAGGAUAUCGGUGAUUUAUUUUCAUCUAAUCAAACAGAGAAUAUUAGGUCAACUUUCUACAAUCUAAUAUAAUAUUAGUUUAGAUUGUAUUUAUUCAUUGCAACAGUUGAAUGUGUUCAAGAUUGCUGAAAACAGAUCACAAAUAAAUAUAUAUGCAUUUCAUUUAUAAUUGUUCUCAUAUUUCUGGUGUAUUUUGGUUUAUCAUUAUAUUCUUAGCAAAGUAGUAAGUUAAACAUUUGAUGCAUUAAAUAAUAAAAGAUACAGGAGAUAUCGGCAAAUUAUAGGCAUCUAAAGACACUUAAUCCAUCGGCAACAAAGCCGCUUCAUUUCUGCACUGCAACUUUAAGGUACGGAUUGACAUUUGGAAGACGCUCCACCAGAUUUAUUUCUUCUUUAUUUAAUUUAAGUUUUAGUCUAUGCAGACUUUUUUCAAGACCUUGGUCUUGAAAAAAGUCUACAUAGACUGAAACGUUGACUAUUGUGUUAAUCACUGUGUUUGCUUAAUAAAGUAUCAGUUUGAAUUUACUUUACCAAGACUUCAGAGUGCUCUCUACUAGGUAUAAUUAUUUAGUCCUCAAAGUGCAUCUCUUUAUUUUUGUGUAUAUAUAUAUAUAUAUAUAUAUAUAUAUAUAUAUACACACACACACACACACACACACACACACACACACACACACAGUAAAUAUAUUGGGGAUUUUUCCAUACGAAAUGAUCUAUAGUUUAGCACUAUGACCUGGAGCCAUAGCUAAUAGAAUACCAACUAGGGGAACACAAAAGUCCUCAGAUGGCUGUUAGGAAAAUACCUGUCGGAGAUCAAAAGUAUUUUUGCGUUUUUUGAAUGUUCGAGUGAAAGAGAAGAAAAAAGAGCUUCAGUUCAGUUUCAAAUACUCCACUAAAAACUUAAUCAAAAGCAAGCAAUACAAAUAAUUUUGUUUCAAAACACAUAAAAAAUAGAUGCUGCAAGGGAAUACUGUUCACUAAAGAGAGAAUUGCUAGGAAUUUAAAGUGAAUUUAAAGUGAAUUUCUAAAUUUAGACUGAAUUAGAGUAGCAGGAUUAGAAAAAUUCUGUUUUCAGUUAUGCUAUUAAGGUCUUAAAUUCAAAAUUUACUUUAAAUGUUCAUUGAAUUCCCAUUGAAUCUCACUUUACACAUGAAUGGCAGCACCUACAAAAGAGUAUCCCAGGUACCUACUCCAUUGUGCUACUGAAGGCUUAAACCAUCAUCCUUUUGUAGCAUUCGGGGCCUGACAGCUUUAUGGAAGUUAACCCCUUAAAUACACAACUUCUGAAAUAAAAGGGAAUCAUGACGGAAUAUUUUCAUCAUGUGUCCUUAAGGGACUAAUAGUCAAUGUCAGAAAAUCUGUUUGAGGAGACUAAGCAUUUCUGAGGAAUCUAGACAAAUGUGCAUUUGUUUUUGCUUUUUUAAAUGUUACAACAUUUUGACAAGAGUAGUUGCUUAGCCUCUCAGCAGUAUCUCCAGUAAUCAAUAACAAAGGGUAAUGUAAACUGCAGAUAUAAUCAUGAACAAAACAAACUGUUUAUUUUCAAAUACAUUUUUAUCAUUAAUUUUUACCAUGUCAAUAGAUCUGAUUAUAAUUUUUUAAACAAAUACUGGAGCGGGCACUCUGCAUCAAAAGCUUCUAUGGACCAGUUAACACUGCUUAUUAUGGGGGGCGGAGCCUGCCAGCCAUGCUGCUCAGUCACAAAUACUGAGAGCUCCACUGGAAAACUCUAAAUAAUCCAUUUAUGUCACUACUUUUAGCAGAUUCCCAGCAAUUUACAUAUCCUGGAGACUGAGGAUCCCACAGUGAUCGACAUCACUGAAUACCAGAUUGAGAUUGGCGGAAAGACCUGCGUCCUACAAGAAGCCUACUCACAGCCGUUGGUAGGGAGGUGGCCGAUCCCUCUACCUGCUUCAUAUCAACUCUCACCAGGUCACCCUUCGCCCCCCCCACCCCCCUUACCGGUGAGGGAUAUCCUGAUAUUCACUAGCUGUGUGUCAGUGACUAUUUACAAGCAACCAUCCCACAAGCUGCAACCAUUUGAUGGAUGCCACAGGCAACCUUGAGCCUCGAGCUCUGAGACACUCCAUCCUGGAUCACUAAGAUGAACUGUUUGCUGAGUUAUGGUCUUGAAUAGCCUGUCGCCUAGGCACCUGCCUUGGCUUAAUCCACUUGACAAACUGCUUCUCACAUCAAGGGUGUUGAUACCCACAAGAGGGCACCAUAUCUGCUUGUAUCCAAAAGGCGAGAGCAGCAGAUACUGCGUUAUUGUAAACGGAGGAGUACUAGAAGCCAGAGUUCUACCUGUUCCCGCCGGGGAGUGCAGGGGCCAUAUACACGCCAGGCACCUUUACAGGGCUUGCCUAAGAUGCCAGUACAACCACCUUUAAGCUCACUCUCACUGAAAUCUGACAACUUUUCCUGCUCAAGUACCAGUCUAAUUGGCAUGUCACCACUACGUUGGACUGUGCAGUUUACAGGGAGGGCAUAGGUUGACAGGAAGAUGCUCUCCUGGCUUAUUUAUCUGGCACCCGCUGACUUUACUCCCAUGCAAUACUGUCACUUUUAUCACCCAUUAGCAUGCAGCUUAUAUUGUCUUUAAUGCUAGCAUGCAUUCCAUAUCCUUUUGAUUCACUCUAGUUCACAAUUUCUACCAUGCUCUGUUUUCUUUGUUAUUCUGAUAUAUAACUGUUAACUUAUAAAAUUGUGCUGUUCCUCAGACAUUUUCUGUGACCUCUUGCUAACACAGUUUUCAUGCAAUCUGCUCAUAUGUCUUCAUUCUGUGUUACUUGCACUGCACUACAAAAAUAAAGAACUAAUUUGUAUUUAUUUUUUUUAAAAACACUGCUUAUUAUGGCACACACAACUUGGCCAUACAUUACAGCAAGGCAAGUUAGCAUGUUGGUUGACAUGGUAAAUAAUGCCAACAUUAGUUGUGCCCACCUCUAAAGAUAGAAUUAAAAGCUUAACAAAGCACCUCAAAAGGGGCACUUGUAGCAACCCUGGCUUACAUAUCCUGAUGAGUUUUGUGCUACUAAGUGGACUUAUUCCUAGGUUAAUAAGUUAGAAAAAGAACAGGAACUAGGAGUAAGACUAAGAGUAACGGUUAAGUAAUUGAGAGUUAAAAGAACAAUCCAAAGACACAAAAAACAAUCCAGCUUGCUGAAGUGCUUUAUGUGUGAAGAGUAUGUCCUUUCUUUUUCAUCUGAUAAAAGUGUUAUUUUCAACAGAAACUUGUUACAACUCACCCUAUUGGCAGUUGGACAGCCAGUCCUGAUACUUUCUGCUAGUUAAAGGGACAUUCUAGGCAUUGAAUCUGCUUUAUCUUAUUUAACUGGUUAUAGUGUCUGGAGUUGUCUGGAGUUGCUUUUAUUCAGAAAUAAACAGUUUUUAAUGUUUUUAUAUUAAUGUUAAACAAGAGACCUCAGCAGCUUAUCCUCUCUGUGCUGGUUUGACUAAUGAUUAAUUAUUAGCUUGUGCAGCAAUCGGUAGAUGUCAGCUGACAUCUCUCAUUGCUGCAGACUCACCAGGAAGUGUGCAUUCUCUGCCCUUGCCAUACCUCCACUUGGGCCAGGAACUCUUAUUUAAACUGUGCAAGAUGGCUCUAGCUGCUAUAACCAAUUCAAAGAACUUAAAUUGUUAUAGUGACUACAAUGUCAUUUUAAGCUCCACUGAUCUAAACUCAAGAAGCAGGCAGUUGCCCAGAGCAUUUGCCUUGCCAAGACUUGUCAAAGAUUAUCCAAAAUACAAUAUCCAAUGUACAAAAUCUGCUUUUUACCCCUUUAUUUAUAAAUCUGUUUGUCUAGAAACAUUUGAAAAAUUAGUCACUACAGACUUAAGAAGUCAUCCUACCUGUAGAGAUGUACAUGGAAGAAGCUUAUAAACAUCCCACUGACAACAAUUUUUAUAUUAAACUUCUAUCUGACCUCCACCCCCAGAUUAAAAACAAAGCUUGUAUAAUAAGGUAAAGAUGAACGUAUUUUAAACAAACAAAAUAUACAUGUAUUAAUAUUAUAAAUUCAAGUAUUACUGUCAUUUAUUUCUGUCCAAAACUCACAAAAAUUGCAAAAAUCCACCAGCAAUCCUAUUGUUUCAAGUAUUAACUUGAUUUUAUCUAAUUUAUCUGAACACAUAGAUAUCCUCCUCCAGCCAUAUGCUUGGAAUAUGAGUCUCCUGCAAUUUUUAAAUUAAUUUAAAUGGAAACCUAAUUACAUUUUAGUUACUAGUGAUGUCCAAUCCCUUUACACCAUUCUCCCAAAUCUAUAGAGAAUUAACAUGAUUUUAUAAAAUAAAUAUAUUUGGUUUUAUGACUCCAACAUCUACAAAAGCAGGUCACAGCUAUAGGUGCCAGGUUUGCUCCCAGUUACACCAAUUUAUUUAUGGUGGACUGGGAAGAUUACACUUAUUACCCCAUCAUCAUUUGGAGGAGAACUUGGUCCUAUACUGUCAAUACAUUGAUGAUUUAUUUUUUAGUUGGAAUGGCUCAGAUAUAAAUCUUAAUAAUUUUUAAAUCUUUUAAAAUAUAAUAAUCAGGGAAUAAAAUAUUGCUCUAGUUUUAGUAAAACUAGUAUUCAUUUUUUAAUUUGAAAAUUUACUUUGAAAAUAACAUUUUAAACACUAACAAAAAAAAAGAUAUAACAAAAAAAAAAACCUGCCAUAACCUUUAUUGAAAGCACAAACAUUAUUCUCCAUGGCUUAAUGAUAUCCUAAAUAGCCAGCUGAUUUGACUGAAACGGAACUGAACUACUAACCCUGAAGUUUUUAGGUUUUUACUGAAAAAAAAGGAAUUUUAUCAAGAAAAUAUAUAGUGCUAAAAAGAUUGACAACUUGACAACAGCACCUAUCAUAUUAGAUUUCACCAACAAAAGUAAUGAAAUAAAAUAUUAAUUAGCAUAGGGACAUUUCAUAAGAAGACGACACACUGAAAGAUAUUUUACCAAACAAACCAAAAAUUAUUUUCAGAUACACCACAAACUUAAUAGUAUGCCUGACUAAAACUACACCAAAAGAAAAACUACUCAGCCCAACACAUUUUUAGACCACAAAAUAUUUUCUAAAUGUUAAUCUUGCACAGCAUGUAAAAAUACAAGCAAAAGCAAUACACACAUUUUCAAAUUCAAAUCCAAUCAGUCCCAGAAAAGUUACAAUAUACUUUUUUUUUAAUUUUAUAAUUUUUGUGAGUUCACUACCUAAAGAGACUAUUUUUGAUGAACUUUUUAUUACUAUACUAUUCUAUGAGUGUAUAUCUCUGUUUACCUUUCAUGUACAACAACUAUAUACCAUUCUCUUUAUGUAUAUAUAAUAAUUAUCUAUGAGACACUCCAUAAAUUCAAUUAAAAUUAUGCACACUUGACGGAGUAAAUCUGGGAUCCCAGAUAUAUAUGUUUUUGCACUGUACUCUUUUUUGUUGUUGUUUUAUUAUGUUUAUAAUUAUAUAUAUAUAUAUUAUAUUUUUCCAAUUAUUUAUCGUAUUAUUUUAUACUUUUGCUAACUGGCAUAUCUCUUUAAAUCUCUUUAAAAAUACAGAGUCACCUCCCUUAGAGAGUCAUAAGACUUGGGACCAGCUCCAGCACAUCUCUUUGGCACUUAGAUUAUAUUUUCUUUUAGCUGGCUCUCUAUUUUAUGUCCCUCAUUUCUACCCCCCAACCCUUAAGCAGUUUUGAUUACACUAUGCUUCCAGGAUUUUUAUUUUAUUUGUUGGCCAACCACGGAUUCUAGUAAGUCAUAUGACUUGGGACCUGGCAUCGUCACCAUUUUGUUUGAUCUGCAAGUUAAUUUCCACUAUAUAGCCCUCAUUUGUUUUUUACAGUAUUUGAUUUUCUUUUUUUUUUAUGCGUAUUUAAUGACAGUUGACAAGUAACAUAUGAUAUAAUAACAACUUAUAGGAAGAAGACAUGCUGCGCUUUUUUUUUGUUUUGAAAAGGAACAUACAGGCUUAAUAUACUUGUCUAGGUAGAUAGAACCAACGAGGAGACACAUUUAGAGAAACACUAGACUUAGUUAGUGUCAGGGCUUACCUGAGUUGGGAGUCUGGCAAGUAGAGAUAAAUGCUCACCCUUGCAAGUAAACACAGGCCGAGGUGGUCAGAAUUCACCUGGCCUGUGAGUCGGUGCACGGGGGUUGUGCAGGAUAAUUCUCCAAGUCGCAGUACAGGAACGGAUAAUGCAGGAGAAUCGUCGUGGGUAAGCCAGAGGUCAGAGGGUGCCAGAUAUCAGUAUUAACGAGAAGAAAGCCAAGGUCAGAGGAUGCCAGAAGUCAGGAUAUACGGAGUAACAAGCCAAGGUCAGGAAUCAACAGGAGCACACUGGAACACAAACAGCAAUACGGAACCACAGUCAAGGAACUGACACUGCCUUCUGGGAGAGGCAGUGUUUUAUACCUGGCUAAUGAGACCAUCAAUAUCAGGUGUAUCAUGAGUAACAGGAGUAAUUCCAAUUCAUGUCCAGCCCCCAGUGCUGGAUACAAGACAGAGCUGGAUACUGGCAUUACUAAAGCUGAAUGGUGGCUCAGAGGUAACAUAGCAGCCCCAGGACUGCAAAGUACCCGGGUUCAAAUUCUGACAGUUAGAAAUAGGCAAAUACAUGCCUCGAGUAACAGACUAGUGAAGACAAUAGUAAAUCCACUGGCAUAGAAUAAAUACUGAAUACUUUGUAGUCAAGAGGAAAAAAAAAAACACUGGUGCCUAGAAACUAAUAAUAUAAGUCAAACAUAAAAAAUACGGUGUUUGUCAAGCCUUUUGGGAGCGCAUUAGACAUAGAACCCCUACCACCGCUCUGCCUGUGGAACCAGUAACCCACGUUCCCAGAGGGAACGGCGACAUUCUGGGCUGGGGACCCGCAAGAAAGUUAUACCUACCAACCGACUAUGCAGCCUAAUGCUCCCCCACAACCUGAAGUUACCUCUCGCUGGCAGCCCUGAGACACAGAGACCAGUAAAAGCAGUGAGGGCCACUCCUGGCGCACAGUAGCCAGAGAGAUCCAAGCUCCAUUGCUGCAACCCCUACCUGGCUUCCAAACCUCAGCAAGAUGAUGAGCCCCACCGAGAAGCAACUGAUGGUGACAUACCUGGCAGAAUCCUGAACUGUCUCCUGAGGCACAUUACCGGCGUCGGUUGAAAUCUAGAUGACUGGCUUCCAAGACAUCUCUACCAACAUCAUUGCAAAACUUUGUAUGUACACGCUUAAGAACCCUCUCCUUUACCCUUCCACAAAGCCGAGAACCCAGUGGCACUAUAACAAUCCUUCCCCUUAGCCAGCAUGUUGUAAUGCAUUCUUUUCUAUCCUAGCUCAACUCACUCCUAACCUAACAUGCUAAAUGUCUCUAUAUACUCACACCAAGAAAACUUCAAUUAACAUGUUGUACACCUCAUAUACCUUGCAUGUUGUCAGGUAACAUAAUUUUACCUUAGCUCGCUAUCUACUUCACGUACACUGACAUACACAAUGUGAUGUUACCUCUUGGAUAUAUAUCUAAAAAUGUGCAGUUAUCUCUGUUGCCACACUGUUAUACUAUGUUUUGCUGCUCUUUCUCCUGUUAUUGUGGCAGCAUAAGACAGAAUGUUAUCUAUGCACAACAAAAAUAAAAAAUGUAAACAAUUUAAAAAAAAUAGUUUUAAUGUAUAAUUAUGCUAAUUGGAAUAAUUUUAAUAUGGCAACAUUUUAAUUUGUGCUCCCUGUUUAAAUAGUUUGUAUCCGGGAACCUGUAACUAUUUGUAAAAGUCUUGUUAUAGGUGAAAAACGUUAGUGUUAUUAAUUUGUUUUAUCUCCUUUGGACUCUAGUUUUCUUGAUGGGGAAUAUACCACCUAUGUGGUAUAUUUUGCUCUGCACUAGUGAGUAUCUUUUACAUUUAUUUUAUACCUUCUAUAUUACUGUGAGUCUUUAUUUCUUUUUGUAUUCACAUAUAUCAUCAUGAGAACCUCAGCUACUUAACAUAUUCAAGAGUGGAGGUUAUACCACUUUAUGGUGUUUUCUGGGAGCCACUAGGAGUCUCCACAUUUCCUACUUUCAACACCAGAUAUACUACACUAUAUUUGACUUAUAUUCCUCCAUCACUGGACCCAGAGAAACACUACAUAUCCUUAGGUGGGUAAUAUACCACCCAGGUGAACAGAAGUAGAGCUAACUGAUAGAUCUAUCCACUGUAAGCAUAUCUCCUCUAUUGUUUUUUAUCUCUGACUUAAAUUUGGCAUACUACUCUUAAUAACUGUCGGAAGAUCUUUUUGUCUCAUUGCACACUUACUUUAAUUUGAGGAUUUUAAGGCACUGCUCCCUCCUCUAUUUGUGUAUAGUUACAGAUAUAUAUGAAAGCUAUAUAAACCAGAGUAGAUACUAGGGGAGCACAGUAAAUAGCUAUUCUUAAAGGUAUAAUGACCAAAAAAAUGAAAGAAUAAAAUACUAGUGAAUCUUGCCCAUUAAAGAAAUAUUUUUAAAAGUAGAACAUAACAAAUAGCUAAUUAAGGCCUCAAUUUAAUAUUUGUGGAUACAUUUUGAUAUGAUACAAUAUUUUGAAAUAUUUUAAUAUUUGUAUUUUUAAAUAUAUUGAUAUUUUAAUAUAAUAUUUUUUUCAAAUUGUAAUACUUUGAAAACACAAUUGUAAAAGUUCAGUCCAAUAUAUUAAAUCAUCUUCAAAGUUUACUUAAAAAUAUUAAACUGUGGUCUAAAUUUGGUGAUUAGAAAUAUUUACUAAAAAAUGUUGAAGUGACUGCGGAAGAAAAAAAAGAAAAUAUACAAACACACAAUUAAAGGAAUACUAUAGGAUCAGGAAUAUAAACAUGUAUCCCUGACACUAUAGUGUUAAAAACACCACCUAGCCCCCCCCACCCCUUGCCUCCCUAAAUAUAGAAAAAUCUUACUUGUAUUCAAGUCUGCAGCUGUUGCUUCUGCUCCUGAUCUACCUACUUGGUUGACAUUAUCAAAAGGGAUUCUCUGAGCCAAUCACAUUGCUUUCCCAUAGGUUUGGCUGAGACUGUCAAGGAGGCUGAUUGGGGGAAAGCCAGCACAAGCUAAACACAGCCCUGGCCAAUCUGCAUCUCCUCAUAGAGUUGGAUCGCAACAAUGAAUCUCUAUAAGGAAAGUUCAGUGUCUUCAUGCAGAGAGUGGAGACACUGAAUGUCAUUGCAGCAUACUGUGCAGCACUGCCCCAGGAAUUACCUCUAGUAGCUAUCUGAGCAGUGGCCAUUGGAGUUAUUGCUAGACUGUAAUGUAAACAUUGCAUUUUCUCUGAAAAAGACAGUGUUUACUGCAAAAAGCCUGAAGGGAAUGAUUAUACUCACCAGAACAAAUUCAAUAAGCUGUAGUUGUUCUGGUAAUUAUAAUGUCCCUUUGAAAUUAAGUUAAAUUAAAAAGAGUUUCAUACAUAAAAAUGUGGAGUUCAAACCCGUUUCUUGCACGUUAUUUGGAAAUCCAUUUAACCCUACAGUAAUGUAAACAUGCUUACCAAAAUAAAUAAUAUAUGCAUUUUACUAGCAGAAUGACAGCAAAUGUAUAGAUUGUAAUUUAAUCAGAGGAUUGACUAACAGGAAUAAACAGAUAAUGCCAGUAAUGCCAGAACUGGAGUAAGGAUAAGCAGUUGAGUACCACUCUAUCUGCUCCUAAAGCAUAGAAAUAUAAUACGUAUCACAUGACAAUAAUAAGUUAAUCGACACAUUGAUUGCAUUGAGAGUUGUGAUAAAAAAGGGAACCUGUCAUGACAGUUUCAUGUUUAUCACCUGUCCUACUUAAUUCAAAUUAAUCACUAUUAUAAGAAUAAUAAAAGUAAUACCUUGCUCAAAAUAUUUGGUCUUCUAAUGUUAAUAGAUUGUGUACUUAGUUACCAAAUGCACAGUUAGACUGAAUGUUUUCUGUCAGAAUGAAGAACACAGGUCAUCAUAGUUAAUGAUAGAUUUAGAUAUAGAUUCAUAGAAAAUAUCAUCUCAUCUUUUUCUUCUAAUAUUUGAUUGAAUUUGGUCUUAUUCUUUUUUUUUUUUUUGUCUUUAGACUGGUGAAUACACUUUAUGUACUUUUUUUACAACUAAUCAAAGUACUCAAUGAUCCCACCAUUACUAAUAUUGCAAUUUUCUGAUAUGGGUCUGCAUUUUGCAAUAUUUGGUCAUCUUAUACAAGAAAUUAGAUUUGUAUUUUCUUUUGGUAAUUAGUAUGUUUGUAACAAAAUCUUUUUCUUUCAUCUUUUUUUCCAAUGAUGUAAGCUCCACAAAUAUAAUGAAUAUUAAUAUAUACUAUUCUCUUGUUCAAUGUAACUUUGUUGUUUAAUAAUUUAAUGAAUAUAAUAUUUGUUAUUCUUUGCAUGCUCUUUAAUUUAUUGUAACUGUUCUCUAAUUUGUAAUUCCGUAACUUCAAUGUCCUUUAACUAUAGUCAUACUCAAUUGAACUAUGUAAAGUGGUCUGCACAAGGGCACAAUAUAAGGAUUGUUGAAUGAAUAAAUCUUUAAAUAUUUGGGUCUCAAGUAAUGGAAUAUUUCAGCACUUUUUCCCAUUGUCUCUAGGGUGAUAGGAUUAAAUGAGAUGCCUGAAACAAACAGAAAAAAAUCUCAAAUCAAUUUUUUCUUUUACCAUCAGGUAUUAUAGUAAAUAAAAUAUUUGAUAGCGUGAUAGUAUUUGAUUAAAAUACAAAGGGUGACACAGCCUCUUAUCUUGCAGUGAGAGAAAAGACCUUUUGUUGAUGCAAUAAAUCUUCAUAAGCAUGUUACAAUAAUUAAACUAUAAAGUAAGACAAGAGACAAGUUAUGAGACUUUUAUAUAUGGUGACCUACUCUUUCGGGGUUUUCCAUCAUAUUAGAAGAAGACAUCUAUUAUAGUGAAUAUUAAAGGUCUUCAGACAAGGUAAUGACAUGUAAAUGAGGGUGCAAUGGAGAUGGAAGAAGAUGAUUAAAUCAAUGUGACCUUGUAUUAGAAAGGAUAACAUUAAUAUAGACAUUUCAUCCAUUGCCCAUGUUUAUUAGAAAUCGGCACACUAACCUUGACCAGUAUUCAAUAUACAUGUAAAUUAAUACAAAUAAUAUAUUUUAACUCUCUAAAUAGGUUCAAAGUCUUAACUGACUGAAUAACAAUGUCAAUAAAUCUGUAAAUGUGAAACAUUAUUAAUAGCUACCUACUAUAAUAAUGUAGUCUUUCAAACCAAUCUACGAAUACAUUAUCUUUCAAAAUUGUAUUUUAAGGGCAUGUUCUUCAUAUGGCAUUUGUUGAUCAUAUAUUUUCAAAGGGCAUUUCUAUGUCAAAAGUUAGAAUUAGUAGAAUUCUUUGUUUGUAGCUUAAUUUGCAAGAUAAUCUUUCUAACAUGAAAAUACUUCAUCUAUCAAGCCAUUCAUACAUAUAAAUUUAGUAUCUCUGAUAAAACUUUCCUCCAAAUGUUCUCAGAGUUAUAUUUCAAAUUUAGGUCCUGUUUUAUCAUGUAUUUCUUUUCACAUUCUAUAUGUUCUAAUCAUAAUAAUUCAGUUUAAUAUCAUUGGAAACCCCAAGCCCAUCAGAUACUCAAGGAUAUUCAACUACUCAUGUUUUCAACUUGUCUCAUCUGAUUUGAAGCACAUCAUAAAAUACAUCAUUUUUGGAACACGCUAGAAAGGGUAAGUCCGGCAUCUAAUAAAUAAAUUUCAGGAAAUCUAUCCUUGAUCUUUUUUUUCAUAUGAAUAUACUGUAACUUCUUGAUACCAAACUUUCUGUAAAAAUAUCCCAACCAGAAGAAUAUCUCUUUAAUGAUAACAGAGGGUGUUUAAAAAAAUAAAAAAAAAUAAUGAUUAAAUAACAAAAAAUAAAAAUAAAUAAUCUGUCUAUCAUUUGUCUAUAUUUCUACUUAUAUUCUGCAUUAACAAUGUGAAUAGGAUAACAAAACCCAAACUGAAAAAUGGAAAAGAGAAGAUAGAUAGAUAGAUAGAUAGAUCGAUAGAUAGUUAGAUAGAUAGAUUUUUUUUUGCCUUUCUAUCAAUAUUAACCCAAAAACUCAUGUAAUUUUUAAGAUGGUAAAUAUUGUUACAUACAUUCAUCAUAAUAACUAGGCUGAAUAUACAUGAAGAUACUUUACCAUUUGAAAUUCAGUCUAGACAGUUUAUUCAAGUUUAUAAAUGGCAAGGGUGCAACCAAUCCCUUAAAUAUAUAAUACACAGGAGCAAAGGUAUGCCCUCUCACCCUGUCUAAAAAAAAUUUUUAUCUUGUACCUCAAACUACAGUCCUAGCUCUUGUAGUUGCCCUGUGUGCAUUUAAGGUAACAUUAUAUGUAUUUUCACAUAUUACAUAUAUAUGUAUUUUGAAAUGUGUGCUUAUAUAAGAGUGUAUAUUUGAAAUUAACUUCAAGUACACAUAGGAUUGGCAGCAAGCUAAAAAAAAAGUAUGAGAACUCAUCAAGAUACAAAAGGAAAUAAUAGCAGCUGCUUAACAGGUAACUGUGAAAACCACAUGUGGAGCUUCUCUGUUAUCUCUAAAUGUAUUAGUUAUUGAUUCAAAUUAAAGAUCCUACAAUGAUUAGACAUAUCAAAGAAAAGGAGGCACUGAAAUAAAUCCCCAUUAUAAUUGCCUCAUUAAUGAUCCCUUUCAAGUAAUUUACAUUUUCCCCUGUGUAACCAAAAUACAUUUUUGUGAUAAAAGCCAUAUUAUUAACCCCUUAGUGACCAGACUGUUUUAAAAUUUUCUUACCGUUAAGGACCAGGGCUGUUUGUGUUUAGCUGUAAUUUUCGUCUUACUCAUUCACUGUACCCACAUAUAUUAUAUACAGUUUUUCUCGUCAUGAAAUGGUCUUUCUUAAGAUACCAUUAUUUUCAUCAUAUCAUAUAAUUUACUAUAAAAAUAAUAAUAAAAUAUUCUGAAAAAAUUUAAAACAAACACGCAUUUUCGAACUUUGACCCGCAAAAUUUGCUAUGCAUUCACAACUGCCAAAAAACACCCAUGCUAAAUAGUUUCUAAAUUUUGACCUGAGCUUAGAAAUACCCAAUGGAACAUGUUUUUAUUUUAUUUUUUGCAAGUUAUAGGGCUAUAGGUAGAAGUAGUACAUUGCUUUUUCAAAAUAUAUAUUUUAUUUAUAUUUAAAAUGUAUCAAUAGUGACAUUGUAACACUGUUAUCUGUCAUAAAUCUGUGAAUCACACCUCACAUGUACAUAUCUUUUUAAAGUAGACAACCCAUGGUAUUCAAUAUGGAGUAUGUCCAGUCUUUUUUAGUAGCCACUUUGUCACAAACACUGGCCAAAGUUAGUGUUUUAUAAUUGUUUUUGCAUUUUUAACACACAAACAAAUAUACAUGCUAACUUUGACCAGUGUUUGUGACUAAGUGGCUACUAAUAAAGACUGAACAUACCCCAUUUGCAAUACCUUGGGUUGUCUUCUUUUGCAAAUGGUAUGCCAUCAUGGGGGUAAUUCUCAUUCCUACGCUCUCAAAGGUAACAUAACCAAUCUGGCAAAUUUCAAUGUGAAAAAACAGAAAAUCAAGCCUUAUAUUUGACCCUGUAACUUUCAAAAACACUAUAAAACCUGUACAUGGGGGGUACUGUUAUACUUGGAAGACUUCGCUGAACACAAUAUUAGUGUUUCAAAGACAUGUGCAAUUCGUUUUGGGUUCGAAUUUAAAUUUGGAUGAAUUUCGGCAAUUCGGACAUUCGGACGUUUCCUAAUGUCCGAAUUGCCAAAGUGCCUAAUUUCCGAAGUGCCAAUUGCCGAAGUCCCGAAUUGCCAAAGUACAGAAUUUCGGAAGUGCCGAAGUACUUUGGAUUUCUGAAAAGUGGCAAAACAGGAGAGGGAGGGAAAAUUAAGGGAAUGAUGACAGGAACCUAACCCCAACCCUUACCCUACCCCUAACCCUACCCCUAACCUACCCCUAACCCCAACCUUUCUCUAACCCUAACCCUACCCCUAAACCUAUCCCUAACCCAACCCCUAACUCUACCCCUAACCCUAAUCCUACCACUAAUCCUAACCCUACCCUAACCCCUAACCCUAAUCCUACCUCUAACCCAACCUUUAGGGUUAGGGGUAGACGUAGUGUUAGGGGUAGACGUAGGGUUAUGGGUAGGGGUAGGGUUAGGUUUAGAGGUAGGGUAAGGGAUAGGGUUAGGGAAUUCCCGAAGUGGCGAAUUGCCAAAGUCACAAGUUUUGGAAAUGCCGAACCGAACAGGCCUAUUAUAAAAUUCAGGCAAAAGACCUAGGGUCCACUCUUGAAAAACACACUCAUUGUCAGCUGGUGGAGGCCAUAAUAUUAAUAUUAAAGGGGGGAGGAAUUAAUGUCCUUCCUCAAACCCCCACCCACUGAUGGUGGGUGAGUGCUCUUAUUAUGAUAUUUAAAUGUGUGGACAUAAAGGGCCACCACCCAAAUAUUGGUAUGUCAAUCUCAGCAGUCACUUGGCUUAGUCACUUAGCCCACCUGCGGCAUGUUAGGUGGGGGUAUAAGGAGAUGUUAACCCCUUAUUGACAACAUAAACUUUUUAUAUAUUAAUUAACUUACUUUUCACUAGUAAUGUGGUUGCUGGUCAGCAAACUGCUAGUUCUACCAGAGGGUAAGUCAUUUUUGAAAUGAUUAUUCGCUUGUUUGAAAGCAAGUGAACAAUAAUUUGUGAAUGUGCACACUGACAGAUACAUUUGUUCCCGAAUUUUAUUAAAACCGGUGCUUUGCAAAUGUUGUACAGGAUUUAGAUGCGAAAGCACCUGUUUUAAACCAGACACCAGAUGCAUCCGGCCAAUUGCUACAGAUUCCCUAGGGCCAACUGAAUGUGGUAAUUUCUACAUAAUUUUGUCCGUCCUGUGUUUAGUAAAUAAUAAAUAAUCCCACAAGACUCUUCCCCUCCCUCCCCGUUGCAUUUAAUGUCUGGCUGGGGAGUUUGAAGAAUUCUUUGUUUGGCAUUCUGUUGUCAGGUCCCCCCCCCCACUUACCAAGUAGAGUGGCCUAAGCUGCAACACCUCUCCGUUGCCUGAAAACAGCACUCUCUGUGAAUUGGCAUGAGAUUGAGUGGCAAAAUGAAAAAUCCAGCUCCUGGCUUUACCCCUAUACAGGAUUCUACAGAUAAAAAGGAAGCAGUGGACCUCAAAGAUUGCACAUCAGACCAGAUAAGUAUGUAUUUGUGAAUAUAUGUGUGACUUUGUGCCUAUGUCUGUAUUACAUUGUUACUGUGUCUGUUUGACUGUAUGUGUGUGUCUGUGUGACUCUGUUCCUGAGUCUUUAUUUUGUUUUACUUCUUUUAGGUCUAUGUAUUUCUUCUAGACUGUGUGCACGUAUGUUUUCAUGCCUGUAUGUCUGUGUUUAUAUGACUGUCUGCCCUGUGUCCAUCUGUCUGUGUUUGUUUGAUUGUGUACCUGUAUGUUAUUGUAACUGAAUGGCUAUGUGCUUGUAUAACUGUGUGCUUGUGCCAGUAUGUUUUUUUGCGUGUAAGUCUAUAUCAGUAUGACGGUGCCUGCAUCUCUGUGUCUGUUUGAUUGUGUGCCUGGAUGUCUGUGUGUGUAUGAUUGUGUGUCUGAAUAUCUCUGUUGUCAUGCCUUUAUGCCUGCAUUAUUGUGUGACUACAAUAACAAAAAUAGAGACAUAAGAAAAACUAUUCAAAAACACUGGCACAUUUUAUCAGAAGACCCUGUUCUUAAUAAUCCAAGUUAAUCAAACCAUCCACUUUAUCCAAUGUUAAAGCUUUUUUUAAAUGCAGAAAAUGUAUCGUCUGCAAAACUACUCAAAUGUCAGUUCCAAAUAAGACCACUGAAUUCAAAUCAAACAUUACAAAUAAAAGUUAUAAUAUAAAACAUUUUAUCACAUGCUGCAUUAAAAAUGUCAUAUAUCUACUGGAGUGACCUUGUGGCCUCCAGUAUGUGGGCAUGACGUCCAGAAAUCUAAAAAAUAGGAUAUCCGAACAUUGUCGCAACAUUAGGAAUGGGUUUGAGAACCAUACGGUAUCUAAGCACGUUUUAACACAUCAUCAAAAAAAAACAAAUGUCCUUAAAUUCACACCAAUCCAAAUAUGUACAAUCCCAUGGAGAGGGAAAAUCUGAAAUGGAAUGGGUUUUCAAUCUUAAGACACUUACUCCUGAAGGUCUAAAUGCAGAUUUUGACCUUUUUAAUUUUUUGUAAACUAACAUUAUUAAUUAAUAUUUUAUAGCAUUUACUGACCACCCCCUUUUAUUUUGCUAUGUACUUCUCCUAUUUCCAUCUACGCCUCCAUAUCAUCAGAAGAACCCAUGUGUUUUAAAAUUUACAAUCAUCCAAUUAUGUACAAACUCCAUGAAAAGUAUUUUAGGAAAUAAAGAGAUGAAGUGGGUUUUUAAUUUAAUUUAUAUCCAUUAGUCCCAGAAGGUAUUAAUUCAUUGAGUUUAAUUUUCUUAUAUUGUUUUUAACUUUUCAUAACUCAUUAUUUUCUGACUAUAUUUUAACAUUCAAACCUGUUUUCCUAAAAAAUACCAUCAAACCAUAUAGCUUAUGUAUGUGUAUGUAUGUUACACUUUAUAGGUUUAAAUGCUUACUUGACACAUAAGUUUGUCCUUUAUAAAUAUGCUACUAUCCAUUACUUAUAUGCCUGUCACUUUAAAACUUGUCCUUGUCCCUUCUUAAAAGGAACUAUAUAUUCACUUAUAACUUUCUACUCCCCUCCCUCACGUUGCCCAAGAUGGCCACUACGUUAAUAUUCUAUACAGAACACUAUUGUAUUUGCAAACAAUAAUCUCUCCUCAUGUCAUUUCACUCUUUUAUGAGUGAUUCUACUCACUUUCAUUUAGUAUCUAUUUGCCUCUAAUUUCGGCCGUGAGGACUGCCCCCUUCCUGAUCACAUCCUGUAUUUUGGACGUGAUCAGCACUACAUUUCCCAUCCUGCCUUGCGGCGCUUACGGCAAUUGCCGGUUUCACUCACUCCUCUUCUAAUAUUCCCCUCCCACUCCUACACCUCAUCCCCUAAGCUCUUUCUCCAUUCACACUAAUUAUCAAACGCCCGCGAUCUUGCGACCUUUCACCCCCACAUCUCUCUUUUUACUUCUCCUUUCAGUCACAGUAAACGUAAACUUAAAGCAUUAAAUAUAGGUUCUACAUGGGAUCUGAACUAUCCUAUGUAGCAGUAAAUGUAAAACGAUCAUUAUUUACUUUUUUUAUGUAUCUGUUGUAUUUAUGUAUAAAGAAUAAUCAUGUGACCGCGGUCACAUGGUAAUGAAGUCAUUUUGGCGCCAACAUUCAAAUUUCAUGCCAUUUUAGUUACCUAUAUAAUGUAACUAGCCAGGAUUAUUUGUCUACACUUGAAAAGGCCUAUUUGUGGUGAAACGCGUUGUGUUUGUUAUGAUUUUGUUAAAAUGAAAGUAUUUUUAAACUACCUAUCUGCCCGUGGUUAGUCCUCUUACUUUUAUUUGUUUCUGUUUUAUCCUGGCUGAUUUUUUAUUAUUCUAAAGAUCCAGUACUACAAAAGAAAUCAUAGGUGGGCAUUAUUCCACUCACACCUGGUUCAUAGAGCAAAGUACAUUUCAUUUGACCUUUUACUUCUAUUUUUACUUCUAUUUUAUCUACUGAGAACACUAAGGGCCCUCUUUUGUGUUUUUUUUUCAUAAGUCCUGCAUUGCAAAUAUCGCUAGAAGGAUACCCUACAUGUGCAGAUUUUAAAUACCACUGUAUGCUGUUUUACUCAGAGCUGGUGAUAGCUCUCUCAAUUGUAAGUUGGCACUCUUGGGACCUCAGUGUUUGGUUGAAGUUGUAGGUUGUGACGAAGUGCCCUUCGCCAAUUGUGCCUGGAGAGGACUGCUUGCCCACCUCUUGCCCUGUGACUAUGGCCCCUGGGAUGUAUUGCCCUUUAAAGACAUGAUUUGGGCAUAAUGGAUUUGUGUUGUGCUGCUGCUGGCCCUUUAAGAACCAUCUGGGGACAUACUGUGGAGUUACUGGGUGGCCACCAUUUUCUGUAUCAGAAGUACAUGGUGAGAACAAUGGAUGGCGGCCAUUUUAACUCACAGACACUGUUUGGACUUUUCAACAUGGUGCCAUCUCGCCAGUAUUUGGUGCACAGAGAAAUCGUGCGGUGGUUUUGGACUAUACAGCAGGGGACACAUUAUACAGUGAUUGUUUUUCAUUUAGCCUGUAUAUGUUCUGCAGAAUCUGCAUUAAACUGUAUUUUCCAAAGUACUGAACGGAUCUGGGUGAAUUUUGGAUAUGUGGUUCACCCAGAUCCCCCGGUUCCAAGGAUUUUUAUGGGGUUAUUGCAUGUUUUGGGGUCCCUGUGUGUUUUAUGAAACUGUAUUAUUUCUGGCCAGCAGAUAAUUGAGCUUUGUGUAUUGUAGAAACUCAAUUAUCUAGCCUGGCCCAGAGGAGGAGUUUUGUGUUGCAUAAAUUGUGAGUUCUGUGUGCCAGUAAAUCAGUCUUGUUCCAGCAUUAAGCCUUGGCUCAUGUUUGGGGGAUUGGAGAAAUACACUCUGGGGAUUGCUAUAAUCACUAUACUCCCCAGGGUAUGAUCACUAAGUUCUGCUAAGAGCUUGUUCCUGUUCCUGCUCUCUGGGGAAAGAGAGGUUCACCCACUGGAAGCAGGAUACCACUGUAUGCUGUUUUACCUAGAGCUGUAUAUUGUGAGUUGGCACUUCUCUAUUUCUAUGUUGUCCGUGACACCAUUUCCUAACGGUUUUGCACUAUUGGUCCCUUACUGUUUCUGCUUUUGUAUUUCAUAUUAACUACUGAAGACCCAAAUCAAGAACCAAAGAAUACCUAUCCAAGGUCCACAUUGCAUUUUCAGAGACUUUUUGUACUUCCUUCUUUCUGUGUAUAUUAUCUCUCGUUGUUCUACUUAGCCCACCCUGUAUUUGCUGUUUCCUGCAUUAUUGUGUGUCUGUAUAUUUGCCUAUAAUAUUUUUGUAUGAUUUAAGUAAGAAAUGUAAGGAACGUUUGCACAAAACCAUGUGUUUAUAAGUUUUGCCACUGACAACAAUCACACUGAGCCAUCUCACUCACUCAAAUGUAUUGCUUGUUGGGGAGAGACAAGAGGGUCCUUUUUUAUUCUUGUACUAAGGCCCAGUGGUUCAUAUCAGUGGUUCAUACCAUUAUAUAUAUACACCCAUGACGGAGUAUGUAAGGAUAUUAAAUAUUUUAUUAUUAUAUUGUGUUAUUUUAACUUAUAUUUUAUCAGGAUACUACUAACAAAGUCAGUUUGUGAGAUUUUAUUUUUUUAUUUUAUUUAUUUGUUAACUAAUGUCUGAAUGGUCCUGUACCAAAUGGGAAAAAAAAGUCAGACGGCAUACAGGGACUGCAAAAAUGGCAAAUUGUUAAUGCUAUCCAACAAUGUCGAGAUAUUGCUGUUUAGAACAGACCGGAAUCUAAUCUAUAUUUCAGCCAGACUGCACACAGUUGGACAUCUGAAAUCUGGACUAAAUGCUUUAAAUCUGGGCUCAGAUUUUGAAAAAAUAAUCUGAACUAUUUGCUUUUUGGGAACAUUAUGCAUGAUAUUACAUUGUGUGGUAAAAUUUCACAUGCUAUACAAUAAGAGUAAGAAGGCUCUGAUUGGUUGGUUUGUAAGCAAACCAAUCAGAGUGCUCUCACAGCCAAGGUUUAAUUCUUUGGUUGUAAAAAUACUUUGAUUGUUGUGCUUACAAGACAAUCAGAUCACUUUCACUGUUUUGCAUAGCUGUUUUUCAUGCCUUUAAAAGGGCUUUUCCCACUAUGAGCAUUCAGCCCUCAUGGGACAAAGAAGGAUUCAUUUUAUUGAAUUGUAGUUUUAAUGGUUUUAUUUUUAUUUUUUUAAAUAUUCAUCAAUUUUGUCACUUAUUAUGGAUUUUAAUUUGAAUUUUAUGGGGCUGAAGAAAGGAAGAAAUAAAAGAAAUAAGUCUUCUGAUGGGUUAGUAUAUUUAUUUAGCCCAUAUUAGUUUAAUUCCCCCCCUUAAUAUUAUUGGGGUAAAGGAUGGUAGGUAGGGACAUUUGUUAUGGGGAGGGGCUUAGGGAUUAGGGGAGACAUAUCAUUACUCGAGGGUUGGACUCACCCCGUAUUAUUUAAUUAAUUAGAGCCUCAACUUGCUGCCCUUUGGUGGGGUAAUGGUGAAAAACUAGGUUUCAACAUUUAAAUAUUAUAAAUAGUGCCAGACCCCUUGCCAAUGGCUGCAGGCAGAGGGGGAGGUAAGGUUGUUCCCACAUUCAUUUUAUUAAAUGGCCACCACCUGCUAGAAAUGGCUAAUGAAAAUUUCUGUCCAGCACCCAUUACUUAACUUAAAGUUCUCCACUCCAUCAGUGGGGGUAUGGGAGGGAAAUAUGUCCUUCCCCCUUGUUAUACAACUGUCCCACCCCAUUGUAAUGUGGUGUUUUUAUCGAAUAGGCAACAAUGGCGGCAUGGCAGGUGGAUGUAUAUGUAGAUAAAAUAAGGGUAAGUAGUAAAGGAUUUAAUGACCCCCAUAGGCUUUUUAUUUAUUUAUUCAUUUAUUUAUUUUAACUGUAUUAUAUGGUGGCAGGCUCCACCACAUAAUAAAACCUUGCAACACUGCGGUUUUUAUAACUAUUUGCCCACUCGCUACUUGAUUCAUUAGGUUCAAUAUUUUGAUAAUUCUGUGCUUUGUGCAUAUUUAAAAUCCUAUAUUUUGUUUUGGAUUUGGAUGCAAAAGCACAUAUUUUAAUCCAAACACCGAAUAGAUCUUGUAAUAACUAAUCAUUUCAAACAUAUUUUCAAACAUUUAAUGUAGGGAACACUUGGGGAAUGGAUGACCAUAAUAUGGUAUCAUUUGAGAUAAAUUAAAAAAAAAAAAAUUAUAUGGACUUUACAAAAAUGUUUAGUUUAAAAAAAAGUUAAUUUCUAACAAAUUGCCUGGCAGGAAUUAUUCACUAGCAAAAGCCCAGAGGAUAAAUGGAAGGUAUUUUAACAAAGUCUACAAAAGUGUGUGUGUCUGUGUGUGUGCACACAUCUCUGUAUGUGCAUCUGUGUGUCAGGGUGUGUGUUUUUAUGUAAGUGUGUGUAUCUGUGUCAUGGUGUGUGCAUGUAUCAAUGUGUGUGUGUGUCAGGGUGCAUGUGUGUAUAUGUUGGUGUAUAUCUAUGUGUGUAUAUGUGUCGUGUGUAUCUAUGUAUGUGUCGGUGUCUAUAUGAAUUUGUGUGUAUGUGUUGGUGUAUUUAUAUGUAUCUGUAUGUAAAUGUGCAUUAAUAUCUGUUUAUGUUUGUACGUAUGUAUGUGGUAGUGUAUGUGCACACAUCCAAGCAGUCAAACACCAGCACAACAUACAAGCACACUCCUGCAAUCCAACACAAAUAUUACAUACAAACACUCCCCUGCAUUCAAAUCCCCCAAAAAUAUACAGACACACCUUUACUCAAACACAAAUACUUCACACAAAUGUACAUCCACAUUUAAAAGUCAGCAUUACAUUCAGACACACCCCUGCAAUAAAAUGCAAACAUUACACACAAACAGACCCUGUAUUAAAACACUAAAACUAUAUAAAACUUAUUCUAAUCCUAGUAGGCUCUUUAAAUGGCUCCCCGAUCCCUGUUGCAUCCGUAUACUCACCAAAUAACUCACAGAUCUCCUUCUUACGUAAUUGCUUCAAAAAAUACCUGAAAUAUGACAGGGGAAUAUCUUCAUCUGCUGGGAUUCUAAUAGCACCCUAGACCCAGCUUUAAAUAUUAGAAGGGAACACAACUGCAUCUAUGACCCAAAGCCACCAAUUAUCUAAUUAUUGGAUACACAUGACCUAUAUGACACUUGGCAGGCAUUGUACCCUGAAGCAAGGGAAUACACAUUUUUCUCCACUCCACACCUCACCUACACUUGCAUAGACAUGUGCAUCGUGAACAAGUUCACAUUACAUAAAAACACAGAAAAGAAAUAGGGAGGUGCAAUGAAUAAAAUAAACCAGUAUUAUACUUAUAUCAGGUGGAUCUCUGAAUCAACCUAAAAAUAAAAAAAUAUACAUAGCAUAAUACUGUAACACAUUAGCAGAAUUAAUCGGAGGUAAUGGGUCACUCACGAUCUGCAGAGCCUUGGAAAGCAGGCUCUUGCUGUAAAAGCUUGUGAAUAAUCAGCUUAUUCUGGCUAUCUCCAAUGAUGUAUCCUUGUUUUGAGGCUCCUAGAUGUUUUUUACUGUUGUUUUGAAAGUAAAAAACUUUUUAAAAUCCAUCUGGUUUUGUAUCCGUGGUGUGGGAGAAAAUACCUGAUUACCAAACAUCAUUGGAGAUAGCCAGAAUAAGCUGAUUAUUCACAAGCUUUUACAGCAAGAGCCUGCUUUCCAAGGCUCUGCAGAUCGUGAGUGACCCAUUACCUCCGAUUAAUUCUGCUAAUGUGUUACAGUAUUAUGCUAUGUAUAUUUUUUUAUUUUUAGGUUGAUUCAGAGAUCCACCUGAUAUAAGUAUAAUACUGGUUUAUUUUAUUCAUUGCACCUCCCUAUUUCUUUUCUGUGUUUUUAUCAAUGAUAUAUGCUUAAAGUGCUGUUUGGUGAUUCUUUGGCACUUGGGAGUUGUUGCACCGCUUGACCUUUAGAUAUAGCGCCAAUCCACCUAUAUAUUUCCCUGGCUUUCCAGGAAAUCUAUUCUGUUUCUAGUGUGUUAAAGUUCACAUUACAGCUUAUCCUGGAAGUAUCCAUUGGGGAUAAAACGUGGUCUGACCACGCGCCCGUAUAUGUUAUGGUUAAGUUCCUGUUCCAUGCUAGAGGUAUGGGUAAAUUGAGAAUAAACAAAGCCUUACUAGACAACACACAAACAAUGCCCACAAUAAAACAGGAUGUGAAAAUUUAUUUUCAAAACAAUCUUACUGACCAAUCCUCAAUUACUACCCAUUGGCUCGCACAUAAGUAGUAGGAGGUACACUAAUCCACAUUAAAAAGGAAACUCAUCGCCACUUAGACGAGGCUACUCAAGGAACUUCACACCCUUGACCCCAAAAUAAAACCAAACCCUCUAAAUUAAUUACUAAGCAAUUAGAAGAACUAUGUAAAUCACUGCAGGCUGUGGCUCUGCAAGACACAGAAAGGCAAAUGAUGGCCCUCAAUCUUAGAUACUACAUGCAGGGAAAUAAAGCAGGGAAACUGCUGGCACAACAGCUCAAAACCAAAUACCUAGAAACCAAAAUCUCCUUCAUACUUUCCUCACAAAAUACUAAAUUAUACAAUCUUACUGACAUUGUGAAUGAGCUAGCAAUGUUCUACACUAAACUAUAUAAUUUACAAGACGAUAUCACUGUACCCCAACAUAGACAGAUUCUUGGAGGAAAUAUGCCUACUGACACUGUUUAUACAACAGGCAGCUGAGCUAAAGGCUCCAUUUACAGAAGAUGAAAUAAGAAGGGCAAUUUUCUCACUGUCCAAACAAAGUCCCAGGCCCAGAUGGCUUUUCAAACUAUUAUUACAUCACUUUAUGUUCCGAACUAACUCCUCACAAAACUGUUCAACCACAUCAAAGCAACAGGGAAUGUGCCUAUGGAGAUGCUAGAGGCCAGGUAAAGCCCCUUCCGAAUGUGCCAACCUAUAUCCCAUCUCCCUGCUUAAUGCAGUUAUCAAAUUAUAUGCCAAGCCCCUGGCAUCUUGGCUUAAACCCAUGUUGCAGGAGCUAGUGUCUGUGGAGCAGACAGGGUUCGUCCCAGGCAGACAGGUGGGUCAAAAUACGAGACCCUUUGUCAACCUAAUACAUUGGGCCACCAAAAAAACAUCAACACGGGAUACUCCUGGCUCUAGACGCAAAAAAAGCAUUUGAUCGCUUGAACUGGGAAUACAUGAAUGCUACCCUGUUAAAACUGGGGACCCCACCUGCAUUUAUAACCAGUAUCAUGGCUUUAUACUCAGGUCCAUCAGCAAAAAUCUUCAACUCUGGGUUUCUAUAAAAUACGUUUUAUAUCUUCAACGGUACCCGCCAGAGAUGUCCCCUGUCCCACUAGUGUUCAUAUUAUGCUUGGAACCAUUAGUAAGACAUAUUAAGAUGCAGAACAUGAUAUCCACCCCGAUAGGUGAACAAAAAUAGCCUUAUUCGUGGAUGAAAUCCUCCUGUAUAUAGUACUACAUCCCCUCUAAGUUGGAGAUGCAAGGAAGGAACGGGUUCAUUCAUUCACAUUUUCUGAGAUUGUCCCAAACUAACGGCUUAUUGGUCAAACGUCGAGGAAACUAUUCAAAAAAUUACCAAAACCACCUUGCCCUUUACACCAGCAUGCUAUCUGCUCCACAUAAUCCCAAAUUUGGAUUCAGUGGAUAACUAAGGUGGUGCUCAUUCACCUGUUACUAGUCGCUAAGAUAAACAUUGCAGGCCAUUGGAGGGGAACAGCUCCACCUAUGAUACUGGAAGUUACAAAUAGACUGGUAGCCAUGAGCGAGUUGGAAAAGAUGGCAUUCAGAGCGAGAGGGAUGGAAGCAGCCUGCUAUAGGAUAUGGGACUGCUGGCUAAAAAGCACCCAUUCAAAACACACUUAAUUGUAUCCUUUUGCAUGUAUCCAUGUAUCAAGUUGCCAGAAACUGAUGAAGCCAUGGAGCCUCCACCCCAUGCCACUCGAGACAGUACACAGUUACAAUAGGUAGUAUCCCAUUCCCCCUGGCAGUCAGUAAGGGUCACAGAGGGCUGCAUAGGUGGUCAACGCUACCUCUGUCCUUUAUUUAAGUUGUAUUUAUGCUUAUACCUCUAUUUCUAUUUAUGUUUAUUUCUUUCCUGCAAUUUGUGUUGUUAACCUCCAAGCACCUCCUGGAUGUAGAUGAUGUCUCUUCCAAGCGCUUCUCAUACUCAUGCUGGAUGUCUAAUGUUGAUAUUGUUAAUGUACUGUAAUCUGACAAUAUUGUGUUGAUGCCGCUGUGUAAUGCAAUUUAGCUGAAACAAUGUUAGAUAAAUGGCUCUACAAUGUAAUUGAAUGACCUCGGCUCUAUAGCAGGAAAUAAGGGACUGUAACAUUGAAAUAUGCUUGCAUGGUGCACUAAUGAUCCUAUUGUUUUUCUUUUCUGUUAUUACCCUUAAAAAAAUAAAUUAAAAAAAAUGAGAUAUUGAAGAAGCUUUUUUUUGUUUACAACAGAGGAAAUGGCUCUUUAUAGUAAAAACAUUAAAGAUAUGGAAUUAUCUACCUAAGGAGGCUGAUAUUUUUAAAACUGGCCUCAAUGCUUUUUUGAAAAAGCAGAAUAUUGAAUAUAUAAUGGUUAUGCAUGUGAGCAGGUUCCUGAUCCGAAGAGAAAUCUGAUUGCCAGAAGGAUUUUUUCCCUUUUUAUGGCAUAAUUGGAAAUGGCUACAAUAGGUUUUUUGUUUAGUUUUUGCCUUCUUUUAGAUCAUCAGCAUAGAAGUAUGGGUUUCAAUUUUUGAAGUUAUUAAACUUUAGUCUUUUUCCAACCUAGCUUGCUAUGUAACUAUGCAUCCAAGUGAUUGCUUCAAAUAUGGUUGGACUGAUUGAAUUUCAACCAGAAUUGGCUUUAAUAAAUCUGCAAGAUGCAAAUACGAUGUGAAUUCAGUCAUAGUCACUGGACAAAAUUCUGUGUUCAGUGAAUAACCCCGAAAGUGUUCUGUUCUAAAACGUGGUGCAAAAAUGUUACACCAAACGGUCCAUUGGUUUCCAUGUUUAUUACCUUACCUUUAGUACUUUAGACCCUCUAUGUCUUAAAAUACUAAAAACCAGAGAUCACUUGCACUAUAAUAGCAAAACUAAUUACAAUAUGAAGACAAAAGACAUAUGCAAAGAUAAGACUUUCCUGUGAUUUUUUUUUUAAUUUUUAUUAAAGUUAUAAUUUUUUACACAGCAAAUAAUAACGAAUAGUCAAACAUACAAUUCAGGGAAGGAAAGGGCAGGAUUCAUCCUUAUUAGUAAACAUAUGAAAUAGUGUACAAAACAUUAGUUAUACAUCUUUGAACUUAAAAUAUAUAUCUAUAAACUAAUUUUUUUUUAAUAUCUUCUUCCCAUUUAACCCAAAUAUGUUGAAGAUUUACAAAUAAAUGUGUAUUUUUUCUAUAAGACAUUUUGUUUGUUUUACUAUCUAAGAUCAUUGUUAAAACUUUGCUACGUUUAGGUAAAGUUUUAGACUUCCAGCAUCUAGAGAAACAUGAAGUAGCUGCAAUUAGAAUGUGGCUAUUAUUAUUUUGUCAAUUUUCCCAACAGACUCCAUGAGUUUCUUAAAUAGUUCUAGCUCUGAUGUCAAGGUACUUAUAUUCUUAUUCAAUUUAGUAAUCAAAUCGUGAAUCAUUUUUCAAUAACUGGCGAGUUUUGGACAAAACCACCAUAUGUGUGCCAUGUUCCCUGUACCUCCACAAUCCCUCCAACACCGAUCUGAAUCCACAGAUAUAAAAUCUUAUAAUGGUUUUCAAAAUGGUCAGUGUGGCGAAAGUAACCUCGCCACUGGUUUUUGGAGGGGCCUGUUUUCCAGCCUCCUGCCCUGCGACUAUGGCCCUGGGAUGUAUUGCCCUUCUAGGAACUGAUGUGGGCAUACUUGAUUUUAUUAUGCUGCUGCUGGCCCUUUAAGAACCAUCUGGGGACAUACUGUGGAGUUACUGGGCGGCUACCAUUUCAUGUAUCAGAGGCACAUGGUGAGAACAAUGGAUGAAGCACAUGGUGAGAACAAUGGAUGGCGGCCAUUUUAACUCACAGACACUGUUUUGACUUUUCUACACGGUGCCAUCUCGCCGGUAUUUGGUGCACAAAGACAUCGUGCAGUAGUUUUAAACUAUAGAACAGGGGACACAUUUAACAGUAAUUAUUUUUCAUAUAGCCUGUAUAUGUUCUGCAGAAUCUGCAUUAAACCGUAUCUUUCAAACUACUGAACGGAUCUGGGUGAAUUUUGGAUAUGGGGUUAUUGCAUGUUUUGGGGGUCCCUAUGAUAUGUUUUAUAAUACUGUAUUUCUCUGCCUGUGAUAAUUAUAUUAACCAUUGUGUUCAGUAAUCAUAUCACAGGCAGAGGGGAGGAUUUUGUGUGGGAGUGUCUGUGUGUAUUGUACGGAUUAAUUGGUUGUAUUUCAAAACCCUGUGGGCAGUAUUAUGUUUGUAGAAUGUGAAUAAAAGAGGCUGUAUGUGCCAGUACAGACAGUUCUACUUCACCCUCAAUUUGGAGUGCCAUCUCUUAUUGGGGGAAUCUGCUACAAGGGAUUGCUAUGCUCUGCAUAUUCCCUUGCUAUAAUCACUCCUAAGCUCUUUUAAGAGCUUGUUCCUGCUUCACUCUCUUGGAUGUAGGUCCAGGGUGGGUAAGAGACGGCGAGACCCCAACCAAGCUACGGCGGUUCGUGGGGUCUUCAGUGGUUAUGGUGUCUGCCAGAGUGCUCUGAGCCCUCAGGAAGCGCUAGGAGAAUCCUUCAACGGAGGUACCCUGUCAAGGUGCCAGGUGAUCCGUUACAGUCGGUACAGUAUGAUAUUUUCUUGUGAAGUAAAAUAACAAAAACAUUCUUUCAAACUGUAUUUUGUACCCAACUGCGUCUCCCAUGACAACAUGUGUCUCAACUUAUCUGAAGGUUCAACAUUAUAAACUGAGUAGCAUAAAGAAAUUAUACCUUUUCUUCCUGGUUCAUGAAGGAAAACCUUUUCCAAGGUCAAAAGUACAAGUGUCUUAUAGUUUUUAUCUAGUUUCUGAAAUGUUGACUAAUUCUUUCAACUUAUUUAUAUUCACUGAACAGUUAAAUUUAGAUUCGUCCUGUAAACCAUAGUGAAAAUGUAAUUUAUCAAAAGACAUAAUCGCGUUGCCAUGAAAAAAGUUAUCCAGAUGAUUUAUGGAAUAAGAAUGCCAGAAAUCUGUAUCUAAGGACAGUACUUAUUCCUUCAGUGGCAUAGCUCUAUAUAAGCCUCUGGUAUGAUUGUUGUUUCUAAAAACAAGGUCCCAUGAGUGUUGUUUUAGUUGAAAAAAAUAAACUGGUAGUUCUAGGUCUCUUUUCCAGGCCUACCCAAAGAAUCUCCUUAAGUCUAAAUGAAAAGCUUUACCCUUCUCCAUUUCUUGCCAUCUCAUUUUAUUAAAAUUGUUAUUAAAACAAUUUUAAUAAGGGGGGGCGGAGCUAGCAACAGACCCGGCCAGACGCAAGUUUAAAGAGCUCUGACACGAACGAGCGAUAAACGGCCAAUUUGACCCGCAAAAAUCGAGGCAAACAGGCUGGCACCUACCCUGGAGGUGGACACAACCAUGGGCUGAAAAUCGAAAAAAAACAAGUCGGACCGAGUAUCUAACAGCUGAGAUAUUGGCGAUUUCCUGCGCCGCGCACAGCAGACCGCAUGGCCCAAUAUGGCGCCUCCGGAUGAAGCAUCCUCUUACUCCUCCAAGGACUUCCAUACAGAUCUGGACAGAGGAGCCAUGCUGGGAGCAGAGCCGAAGGUACGACCUACCCCAUCUGCUGGCCAAGAACCAAUUACUAAAGAUAUGCUGCAAUCCCUGCUAACAGAACUGCGCUCCAAUAUAGCAGCCGAUAUUGCACAAUUUAAAGAGACAGUAAAUGGGGCACUCACACGACUCGCGGUCCUAGAGGCCACCUCCAGCAGCCAAGAAUCCAGAAUCACUAAAGUGGAGCGGAGGCUUGAGGAGUUCCACUUGGCCCAGAGGGGAAUGGAAGCCAGGGUCGAUACACUAGAAAACCAGAGGCGACGGCACAACCUUAAACUGAGGGGCAUCCCUGGCACAGUGAGUACGGAGGAAACGCCGCACUACAUAAGGCGACUCAUCUCCACCCUGCUACCGACCAAACAGGCAAAGGCACUUAAAGCGGACGGCAUGUUCAGGCUACCAACACCAAAAAAACGCCCCAAACACUGCCACAGUGGACCUUAUUCUCCGCUUUCAAACCAUGCAAGACAUGCAAGAUAGAGCCUUAAUCUCUUCAGCAGUGAGAGGGAAAACCCCCAUCCAAUACGAAGGCUGAUACCUGCUUGUAUUCCCUGACCUAACCAAAAAGACACUACUUUGGCACAGAUCAAUGAAACCCCUUCUCCACAUCCUAAGAGAUCAGGACGUGACAUACCGCUGGGGAAACUCUAGACAUCUCAUACUCACUCACCAGGGAGGCACCUACAGGGCCAAGAACCCACAAGAACUGGAGACCGCUACGCGCAGCCUGAAGCUGCUACCUGAACAGGACGCAUCGACCUCCCGUCUCCGCAACAUGGAUCCAUCUAGAAUCCCGGCUUUCACACCAAGGUCACUCUCUGAACACCCACCUGGACCACCGGUAACUUGACGGACCUGUGACACAUAGUCCGGCUAAAGGAGAUAACUCCACUAACAAGCCUGAAGGACUAUACGUGACCGAAGGAAUAUGCAGACGAACUGCAUACUGAAUGCUCUACAAUUCUCUAAUACUAUUGUGACGAGACCAAUCUCGCCACAUUGCAUUGGAGGAGCCUGGUUGCCCACCUGCUGCCUUUGGAUUAUGGACCGGCAGCUAAAGGGUUAAUUUUACUGUGCAGAAGGAUUUAUUUCUCCCUUUCUGCACAGCCGUUCGGUAGAUUCUAUCUACCGAACAAACAGACUUCUAUCAGCCUCCCCAGAGCCGUGGGAAGCCGGCCGGCGACCAUAAUUGGCCACCCAGAAGCUGGAGUACGCCCUCCAGUUACCUCCCUGAAGCCGCGGUUAACCGCGGCUUAACGAGCGUGUGCCGGCAAUUGACCACCCAGUAGCUGCGGUUAUCCGCAGCUUAAUUGAUUGUUACUGGGUGGUCGCGGUUACACUUAGCCGCCACACGAUGGCGGUGUUCUGGAGCUCCCCGGGCAGCCAGCGCUUUUCUGCCCGGCUUUCCUGCACCAAACCCAGACACUUUUAUGUGCAGGCACCGCUGAACCUCCAACCCCUGGUUCUAAUUUGUACGGAUUUACCGAAUGCAUGUAAAUUCGGUAUUUUAUGAUGGAGGAAUGUUUUAAUCCAGAUAGCUAUGCCAUGGAGCCUGUUUGUGGAAUUAAAGACUUUGGCUCCAUGGCAAUUAAACUGUAUUUGUGUGGUCUGAGUGCCAUUCACCUAAUAAUGUGCACUCAGACCUGAGCUAUCUGGGGAUAUGUUACAUGUAUAUAUUUACUGUACCAUUUGUCCCAUUAUGUAUUUUAAAGUGAUAGUCUGUCUUUGUGUCCCCACAUGUGUAAUGGAGUUUUGCCUUUGUCCUGCGAGAUAAUUGAAUUACUUCUCCAGGGCAGAGGGGAGGAAGCCAGGAUGCAUUGUGGGGAUGUUUUACUUCUGUAUGUCUGUAAUUGGUACAUGUCUGUCUUUUGUUACAGUCUUCCAUCUGGUCCCCUAGGGGAGUGUCCACCAGGUGGGAGACCUGCAUAAAUACUGGGCAGGUAGCCCUCAUUAAACAGACCACUGCUUGACCCUCAACACGGAGCUCUGUCUCGUCUUUGGGGGGAUUUACUGUAUGCUGAUAGAGACUGAUUGCCAGGAGUGUAAGCCGCUUGGGUGCUUUUCCUGUUCGUCUGCUAGCAGCUAUUCGUGAGGUUCCAGUUCGAGUGUUUGGAGCAUUCCCUUGUAUGCAGUUCGAGUGUUUGGAGCAUUCCCUUGUAUGCAGUUCGGGUGUUUGGAACAUUCACUUGUAUGCAGUUCGGGUGUUUGGAGCAUUCACUUGUAUUCAAUUCGUGAGUUUUGGUGAUUCUACAGUAGCUGUGCCUGUCUCUGAAAGGGGAUUAUCGUCUAAGCGGUUUUUACCCCUUUUGUGCAAAACGGUCCGUUACAACUAUUUUCAUGUUUAUUGGUUGAAUAGUUAUCCGUUGCUGAGAUCCUACUUAUCCGAAAUUACCCUCCACAUCCUCUGUAACAAACUCUGUUAACUCAACAGGGAAUUGAUACACCCCGACCGGGACGCUAUCCUGAUAAAUCUACUAAGAGGGUGCACGACACUCGAGAUGUCCCCUCCCACCCCCCCCCCACUCUUGACAGUACUAAACGUAGGCCCCAUGGUUGUAUUGUGGGAGGGAGUUACCUUGUACCUAGAGUAUGGUGUACAUCUUGUUGGACGCUACCUGUUAGCCCUCAUGCCUAAUUACACACAAAAAACCUCACACCACUCCGUAUUUACCCAUAUAUAAUGUCUAAACAAUAUGCUUGUGUUAAUGUAUACCAACGUGAUGAACAGAUCAUUUGUUGCAUACUCACGAGUGGAGUGAGGCAAAAAUAAAGAAUUAAAAAACAAAACAAAACAAUUUUAAUAAAAAUUUGGUAGCGAAAUAGUAUUUACGAAUAUCGGGUACACCAAUACCUCCAUUGGAUUUAUUAUGUUGCAAAUUAGUCAGUUUGAUCAUACUUGAUUUCUUAUUCCAAGUAAACUUUAAAAUCACUGAAUUCAUUUUUUAUUUUUUUUUAAAACAAUAACAGGACAGACAGGAGUAUGGUCCUGAAGUAGUACAAAAUUUUGGGGAGGAUUAUCAUCUUAACAGACGCAGUCUUACCCAACCAUGAGAGCUCCAACCCGCAUCAUCUCUCCAUCUCCUUCUGUAAGUCGGGCAACGCCCUAUUCAAAUUAUAUGCAUUCAAAGAAUGCAUUUUUGUUAAGUUUUUGCAUAGACAAAUGCCUAAAUAGUCUGUAAAAUCACUUCUCCAAUCAUAUGGGUAUGAACUCUUUAAAGGCAUAAGAUAUAAAUGACUAAUAUUAAAAGGGAAGAGCCUGCGUCUUAGUUUCAUUAAGCUUGUAAUAUGAUACCUCUCCAAACUCACGCAAUAUAUCCUUCAAAUGUCUCAAGGUUGGUUCAGGUUUUUAAUAAUAUCAUGUGCAAACAAUCUGAAAUUGUGAAUUGUUUCACCAAACCCUAUACCUUCUAUAUCUGGACUUAGUCUGAUGAGCUCAGCCAAGUUUUCAAUAGUGAUGACAAAUAAGAGUGGGGAUAAAGGGCACCCUUGUCUGGUUCCAUUAGACAGAGAAAAGGUCUCAGACUCGAAACCAGAAGCAUUUGCAUGCAUGCACAAAUACCUCCAGUGAAAUCUAUCAAACGCCUUCUCCGUGUCUAGAGAUGGAAGCAGAGAAGAUGUCUUAAAUAAAUUAAUAUGUUGAAUCAAGUUGAUAAACCCCCUCAUUCCAUCUGGUGCCUGUCUACCCUGUACAAAACCUACUUGGUCCCUAUUAAUAAUCAGCAGAAUCAAUUUAGCCAAUCUAAUUGCUAACACCUUGGAAUAUAUCUUUGAAUCAUUAUUAGUAAGAUAAAUAUUCCUAAAAUUAGGACACUUAUUUGGAGAUUUACCCGUUUUUGGCAAACUGGGAUUUUUGAUCUGUGACAGAAAAUUUAAAAAAAAGAUGGCUGGUAAAAUAAUAAUUAGAGGCUCCCAACUGUCACUGAGUAAACAAUCAUUACUCCAGAUCCUAUGUUUGUUCUUUUUUUUCUUUCCUCCUUGGUGCUAUGAACAUGUCAUUUUACUUUUAUUUGGGUCACAUGCCAAAGCCUGCAGCAAACAUAACUUUAUUAGGACUGGUUGGGUUGGAGCGUAAGACCCCUUUCUCUUAAUGUACACCACAUCUUUUGUAAUUGUUUGUCAACUUACUCAGGGUCUUCGAGUCCCUAGUCACCUCCUCAAGAAGAGCUAGAAGCUCUCUACAUUGAGCUAAGCCUGGUUCUUCAGGGUGCAGCUCAUUAGCUGCAAGUGAUCAUUUAAUGCUCUCAGCCAAUAAGUUGGUCCUUCACACACGGGUCUACCACAUGAGAGUUAGUAGAAGCAUGCAGGAGUUUUGGGCUCUCAGCAAAGAAAUUAAUUUGCAACUCUUUCCGUUGAGUGACGCGGGGGAACAACUGGCACUAUGACCACUAUUGGAUGCUGUAGAGGUUAUGAUGCUUGGAGUAUUAAUUUAAAUGACUACUAUAAUGUUUCAAAGUUGACACAUAUAAAUGUAAACUUUCACCAAUAGUGAUUUUAUUGUCUUAGUGAUAUUUCUGCAUGUAGACCAUGCUUGCUAUUUGAUUUGGAGAAUGUUCUUUUUGGGCAAACUCUACCUAAAACACCACUUAAAUUGACACUCCAGUCGCCAUAGCAGCUCAGGUACAUAUCUUUUUUUUUUUAUUGGGGAGCUACUGAUUGGCUUAGAGCAUCAGCUGGUCAUCUAGUCAAUCAGUGGUGCUCCUGGCGAGCGGCAAUCUGCGAUUCCAAAAUGUCAACUUGGAAUCUGGAUGUCACACAGAGAACUGGAAAACCAACUCUGGAGGCAACCUUUGGGGUUAAACCGGGUUUGGUUUCUAUGGUAACCAAAAUGAUACUUUAAAAUGUAAAGCAACUGUAGUUUAGGUCAAAAUAGCUUAACUGGAAAAUUGGAGAAUUUUCCCAACCUCAGCAUUUAUGGCCCAAAUUUCAUAAUUUAGUUCACAAAUUAUGUUUAGUGAAUAAACAACUAUUUUUUUCUUAUUGAUUUCUGCGUUCAGACCAUUAUGAGUCCUAAAGUACAGAAGAACACUUAUAAUUUAAAGAAAAUAUAAUUUAAUAUUCAAGAAAGACAAAUAAGUGCUAUAAAAAUGAAACGUAAAAUAAAUAUAUAACAAUAACUGGAAGGCGAAAUAUGAUGCAAACAACGGCAGACAUUUAAAAUUGCAAAUGACUCACUCCAGCUCUUGCAUUAGAGGAAAUAUUAUAAAUUGUUUAAACAGAAAUACAAGAAUUGAAGUGAGUCAAAACUAAGAUUGUAUGGAAAGACAUGGAGGUAACACACCACAUUAGGUCACAAUUAUAGAUAACCUUGCCCCUUUUUAAACUACAAAUAUCAUACUGCUUAGCCAGCAGUUCAUGCUAGCAUCAAUAACAUGAAAGAGCUGCAAAAGACCCUGUGAUGGUUCACUUUUAAAAAAAGUUUUUCUCAUCAAUUUCUGAGGUGAUUACAUUUGUCCUAGUAUCAUUAUAAAGUGAAUUAGUAGCACAUCAUUUUGUGAGUUUUGCCCGAGGUGUUUUUUGCGGUGACAGAAGUCUGAUAACAAAGUUCUGCAAUGACAUCUCAUUAUCAUUGUUGACACUGUGCUUGAUUUAAAUUGCAGCAAAUAUUGCUUAUUUCUUUUUCUUUUCAUUUUUUUCCUGCUAAUUCCCAUUUCUUCAAUUUCAGGUUAGAGAGCAUAGUACAGAAAAGACAAUCCUGACCCACAGAAGCAUCAUUAACCCUUUCAUGCACUAAUUACAAAAUUAUAGCAUCUCAAAAGAAAGAUUCCCAGGGAAUCUAUUCACUAAUCAGUAGACUUACAUGGGGAAAAAAUUGGUUUGGCUGAAUAAUUUUGUCUAUUAUUUUUUAAUUUUUUUUAAUAUUUUUGGCAAUUCGGGGUUUCACCCAUGUGGUAUUUCGGUUCUGCCGAAUUCCAUGUUAUUUUAGGAAACAAAUUAUCUUGAUGAACCAAAAUGGUGCAAAAACAGAGCAAUCAGAGUACUGGAAAAUAUAUUUAUAUAUGUAUACAUGGUGUUGUGGGAGGGACUAGUUUUGGCUACUUAAAGUACUAAUCUACUCUAGUCAGUAACUGUAUCUUGAUUGUCACAGCAUGCAUUGUGUCACAAUCUCUUACCUCAUCGCAACACGCCCACGCGGUGCGGUGCCCGAUGACGACUUCUCUGUCCACCAGAUGGGCAAGUCUCAUGCUGGAUGCUGGUAUCAGACCCCUUCUUAUGAUGCAAUGUCAUUACAUUGAUGAUGUGAAUUUGCAUCAUUUUUACUGGGGGCUUGGUUUUAAAGCAAAAGACGCUCACAUAUAAAAAAAGUGCCUUUUGCCUAUUGUGGUUCUUUAAGUUCCCUCUGUUGCUACUCCUUGCCUUUUGUGUUUUCUUUGUAUGCUUGAAUUUUCUUGGUAAUUGACUAUUCUGUUCUUUGGUUUCCUAACUUGGCUUGUACCUUGACUUUUCUACUUUCUGGUACCCUGACCAGGCUAUUCCUUAAUCGCUCUCCUGAUUUCUUGCAUCCUUACAUUUUUGGCUAUCCUCUGACUAUUCUUUUCUGUCCUACAUUAAAUCCGACCAUACUAAGGUUUGAGAAUACAUUCUUUGUACACUGUGUGUUGUUCUCGGAUUCACGCAGUUUGCUGUUACUGCAAAAAUUAAUUCUCCAGUGUUGGACCUUCUCGCGUUUGCAAAACUGAAGGUUGCUGACUGAGUUGCUCUCUUUACUUGGAGGAGUUUCAGCCUAGCCCACCUGAAGCUCAACUUCGCUUGGGGAAAUUGAAUAGUGUUCGAGGGAAAUUCGACAGAGUGUGGUUGUAUUUCAACCUAUGUUCGUUCCUAUUCAAUCUCAUUCAAUUGAAAUUCAGCUGCAAUUCUAGGUUCCACUAUCCUGUCAUUAGGAAUCAAUUAAUAAAACCCUCUUCAGUUAUUACCGGAUAACUUACUGGCAAACAUGUAUGCCAGUUUAGGUGCUAACUCAUAAUCACAGUGGUCACAUUCUUGGUUUUUGUAGAUUAUAACAGUAUUGGUGGGCUGCUGGUUUAUUCUCUUAGUCUGGCAUAUUAAGGUAUAUGAAUUUAGCUUCUAUGUAUACAUUUCUCUAUGUCCAAUAUAAUUACUUAAGAUAUUAUAUAUAUAUAUAUAAAUAUAUACAUAUAUAUAUAUAUAUAAAUAUAUAAAAAAUAAAUAAAAUAAUGCUCUUGCACUCACACUUUAGUGUCCCUUUAUAACCGGGUGGUAGCAAACCACAGCUGUAUUAUCCAAUCUUCCAAAUAGGUAGCUGCACUCACGGAUUUUAAAAGUCCAAAAUUUAUUGAUAAAUUAUUUGAUCCUGAUGAAAGUCCUCUAUGGAGGAAUGAAAAGUUGAUCAUCUUUUUUUAAACAUUUAUCAAUAAAUUUUGGACUUUUAAAAUCUGUGAGUGAAGCUACCUAUUUGGAAGAAAUAUAUAAUUUAUUCUAUUUGGCCAGAGAUUCAAUCUUGGUAUCCAGAUUAAUCUCCAAAUUUCAUUAAUCCCCUAAAAGGUACGUUAAUAACCCUAGCUACUAGUACAAUUUCAAUCUUGUACAUCAUUAGUCUAGAUUUAUUCUGAUAUUAUAUUUAGUUAAUGUAUACAUUUAAUUUUAGACAUGGGGUGCAAUUCACUUGAUCAGCCUUCUUACGCUAGGUUCAAAUAACUCUAACAGGUUUUCAAAUACGACUUGUUCAAUUCAACCUGACUCCUGUUGUAAUUAGUGCUUUACUGGUUGUAGGGAAAUGUUAGAAUCCCAAUAGUUUAGAUUUCUAGAUCUUCCAUGCCUUAACUUAGAGGCCAACACCCAUCCUCAUACUUGGAGGUAUUUCACUCCUCUGCCCAAAUCAAAGCUAGCUCCCAUACGUUUUGUGGUUUAGGAUGUCAUACAAAUUGCUGAUUGAUUUGGAUGAAUUACUAUGUUUUUUAAAGAAAAUGUAAAGAGGAAGCAUUUUUCUUCCUGCAUUUAAUUUUUUUUUCAAAAUCUUAACAACCCAGCAGUAUUGUACAAUGCUACAAAGAAAAUAAAACCAACUAAAAAGAACAGAUAAUUCAUAGUACAAUAUUGUCAGGGUACCUUCUAUGCUUAUCACGGUUAUUCCCCAGGGUACUCACCUCUCACAUGUUGCUGCAGGUCCUCUUCAGCUGUCCCCUUCCUGCUCCAGCUGUUUUCACGCCGGCCGCGAUAGCUCUACCGCUUUUUAUGACGCGAAAAAAGGGCGUCGACAUCAUGACACAAAGGACGUCACAUGCCACCAAAAUAUUAAAAUUAUGACAUUUUGGGGGCGUGGCUACCGUCCUAACAAGCUACAGCCACAGUAUAAAAGGGAUUCUAUGCGUUAGGUUCCUUGCCCUUUUGUGGUUCAUUUUUGAUCCCAAUAGUGCUAUUCUGUAUUCAGUAUUUUAUCUUCUAGCUUUUGACCUUGGCUUUGUUUGUGACUAUUCUGUUCUCUAUACUCCUUGACCCGGUUUUGGCUUACUCGCUUGUCCUGAUUUCUGUACUCGGUGACCUCGGCUUGAAUUUGACUACCCCUUAUACGUUAGUCCGGCCAUUCUACGUUACUUUGUUACAUUCUAACUCUUAUCUAUUUAAUUACUUAUUUGUGCUGUUUACCUAUAAAAAAAAAAACAAUGUUUCAGUUGUCUGAACUUUUAUCAAGGAUAUAUUUUGCACAUUCACUUGGCAAUUUUAUAUUCACAUGUGUUUUUUUUUUUUGUGUGUGUGUGUGUAUAUAAAUAUACACAAGAAAACAUACAAGAUUCAGCACACUCGUUCUUUCUCUUACCAGCAAUUUCAAAGCUCACAGAAUGCAAUAGUUUUUAAAAACACCUAACCUAGGCAAAAAUAAUGGGGGAUUAGUUACAGUAUAUGAUCAUACAUUGUAUAAGCCUGCAACAAUGCCAAUGUACUCCAUAUAUAUAAUUUUAAUGGCCCUAAUAUCCUAAUCAUUUUUUGGAAAUCUUGAAAUCAGGCAUGAUAAAAUUGCUGCCAAAGCAAUCAGAAAAAAAAUAUCAAUUUAUGUUAUCAGUCAAGUAUGACAGGUGCCAGGGAAGAAAAUCAAUGAUUCUUACUCAUUGUUCAAAAGAAAUAUGAAUUGCCCAAGGUUUAUAAGAUUUUCCUUAAAGGAGACACAGGUUAAAUAUACUAAUUGAAAACCUUAUCAUGUAAUGGGUAUCAUAUGAAAUCCCUAUAAUGUGUUAUUAUAACAUAAUUUUAUAUUCCCCAAGGUAGACUUUAAUAAAUGUUCCUUGAUCACUAUGGUAUGACCAUAGUAUGUCAAUCAAUUGUCAUAAUAGGAUAGUGGGGUCCUGGAUCAACACAAGUACUGUUGAAAAAUUAUCAAGCAGGUGAUAUAUAAUUUAGGCUAAAGUAGUUGAGAUGAAGAAAAUUUCAUCAACGUUAGCGUUUGGAAAUAUUUUUGGAAAUCCUCUGUCAACUCAAUGCAAAUUACUGUUGAUUGAAUAAACGACUUAUUAUUUGGUAUUUAUUGUACCACUUCUUGCAUAAUCAGUGAGUAACAUUUGUUAGUAGCAAUUGCUUUUUAUGACUAAUCUAUAAUGGAGGUGCAUGAGAUGUAAGUUUGAUAAAUAGAUGUUCUACACCCAGGUCAACUACAGUAACACAAUAUUUAGAUAUGCCAUUUUAACUGUAUUCCCAAAUUCUCACUAGAUUAUCAAUGCUCCUAUCAGUCAUUCCUGUAAUAUUGUACAUUUUUAUCUAUUACAUCUACUAGGCUCAGUAAAAAUAUCAAAUUUAUGAUAAGAUCUCUCUUUGAAAUGAGCUAAGACAUACCUGUAUGACGAAAAGCACAAAUUGGACCCGUUUUGCUCAUCUAGGAACAAACCAAAGUGCAAUGUUACAUAUUCUUCAGGGUAUGGAGGUACUUCAAUCUAUCAAUCUUACUUAUAUUUAAGCCUUUUUAUGUGAUUUUACAUGAAUUCCCAUAUAAAACAUUCCAAAUGAAUAAAUUCAAUGUGUAGAUAACCUUUUUUUUCUAGUGAAUAAAUACAGGGAAAAUAACACUGAGGACUAAAAAGCUUAGAGAAACUUAGAGAAACUCAGUAGCUUGCCUUUUAUUUAUCCCCGCUCAAGUCUCGAAAAUGUUUUUACUCACUUGUGCCAUUACCAAGAGAACCUUUACCAUUUACGUAUCAGUCUGAUCCCAUCCAUAAGGGCAUUCCAGAACCAAAAUGCCAUUAAAUUCCCUCUGCGUGAAAGAUAGAGCAGGUACAAGAAAAGCAGUUUCUGGUCAGAAUGUCUCACCCCCUUUUAGUAAUAUGAAGGAAUAUUGGUUCAUAACAAGAUGAAACAGACAAAUGUAUUACAAUUUUACAAACAAAUACGUAUAGUUUAAAAAACAUAUACCACCGGGGGCGCCACAAUCACAAACAUGUGAAUAUAUUUACCAUGGUAUGUUCAUGGAUAUGCAUAUAAGGAGGUAAAAAUAAAAGUAUAUAUAGUGAAGUAUUUAAUAACAAAUAGAAUAAGAUAAUAAAAACAAUUGCACUCACAAAUGUAGUUGCACAACAAAAACAUAUGUCCUAAUUGUGCUAAGAAAGCCUGUCAGCCCUUUACUGGGCUAAAGUCCCCUCUUGUAGCAGGAUCCCGAUUUUCAAAAGUUCCAAUAACUUCCAGUAAUGAUCUGCUUGAAGGUGGAUGAGAUCCAAAGAUACUAGGGACACUGGCCGACUUGUAACUGCUCGACGCGUUUCGUCCGAUCGACUUUUUCAAGAGCUGUGUGUUUCUGUUCUUCUUCCAGCUUUUUAAAUGAUCAGGUUCGCGUGGCUUUCAAUAUUGCGCGCAUGCGCAUUACGGUAAAACUUUACCGCGCAUGCUCGCACAUCCAGCUUGAAACGCAAAAACAACUUUAUUGAUACUUUGUGUCGGCAAACACAUUUCCGUACCGGACCACUUGGUCUUACGGAAUAAUAUGUGGGCACUUCGAACUUUUGUUCAUCAUACAUAGUUAAUCUUCAUACAUAAAAUACUGAUGAACAAUCUUUUAAAAGGCAAAAGUAAAAAGCAUUUUAAGUGCAUCACAUUUUAGAAUUCUACUAUUAGAAAUGAGAAAUUAAACAUACUAUAGACAGGAAAAAUAAAACAUAUUAUAGAGAAAAUAUGUAAUAGAGACAUCAUAUUACAUUUUAUACAGUGUUACAAUACUUUAUAAAAAACUGAUAUUUGCAUAUAACAAACUGUAUAUAUAACUGAUAAUCAUUUUAUUCGGAUGAGAGACCUGGCGAAGACAUCAUUAGAUUCUAUUAGAAUAAUUCAUAAAUCAAUGAGAGAUCACUUCAUUAAAAAUUAGUUCAUUAAAAAUUAUUAAUAAAAAUUAUAAUUAUAAAUAAAAAUAAGAAAUUAUUAAUAAAAUAAAAAAUUAAAAAUUAAUACAAAUAAUGCAAGUUAAUGCCAAUUCUAUGAAAACAAAAAUUAUAUAUAAUAUAGUAAUAAAACAACCAAUUAAUAAAAGGGACUUUCUAGAAACCAAAAAUAUUUAUAAAAAUAUUUAUAAAAAAUUGAAAAAGAUUUUAACUACAAAAGAAGGUAAAUUAAAUAGAAACAAAGAGGAUUACAAAAAUGGAAAACAAAGAGAGUGGAAAAAGAAACACCUUAAAAACUAUAGAUCAAAUUAUAGAGUGACUUAUCCCAAUAUAGAGAGACAAACAUAUAAAAAUGACGACAGAAGAAAGAUUGAAAAACCAUCUAGGGUUCAGUGGAAUACCCCGAUUAAAUCUGGGAGAACGAAAUAUGAAAAUCCCAUUGUUAGGAGAAAGGAUAAAUCAAGAUUUAUGGAGACAGAUAGGACAAAAGAUAGUGUAAGAACUACACAGAAAGAUUUUUUAGGAAGAGGACAAAGGAACCAAGUUUUGAGAAGUCCAACAAUAAAAAAUUAUUGGCAACAGAGGAACAGAUUUACCCCUCUAAGUUCAGCUCAAACCCCACCCAAAAAGAGGAAACUCCUAGGAGCCGUAGGAGGAUUAGGGGAAAUGGAGGAGGGAGAAAUGUCAGACUAUUGAAAGAGUCAGAAGAGAAUAAGAACUAUGAUAGUCUAGAAGGUAUUUUUAAUCUUUCUAAAUAUAAAUUGAAUAAAGCUGAAGCCAGCAUUUUAGAUAGAGGACUGAAAUUUGCCCCACAAAAAGGCCCUAACCAAUUUGAACUAUUUAUUGAUAUCCAGAAAUUUUUGAGGAAACUGACUAUCAAACGUUUCUUUGAGAAAAAGAAAAGAGAGGAUGAGGGACUUGGCGAUAACAGUGAGAAAGAGAAUAUAGAAUCCAUAUCCCCACAAAUUUUAUAUUCAGGUCUGAAACACAAAUCAAAGUUUUUUCCAACUUGGGAAAAGGGAGAUUUCAUCCCGGUUUUUAGUGAUAUGGUUCUAAAUGAAUUCGAGAUAAUAACAAAGAAUAAUGGAAAGGAGAACCUCACUAAAAAAGAAAAAAAUGCUUUAAAACAACUUAAAGAAAACCACGAACUUGUCAUAAAACAGGCAGAUAAAGGGGGAGGUAUAGUUAUUCUAAAUCGUGAUGAUUAUUUGAAAGAAUCGUAUAGAAUUUUAAAUGAUAGAGACACAUACAUUAUUUUAAAAUCUAACCCCAUGGAAACAUAUAAGAAAGAGCUUUUUAAAUUAUUGUCAGAAAGUUUUAAUAAAGAUAUUAUCAAAAAGGACGAAUUUGAAUACCUUUUUAUUAAAUUUCCAAAAAUGGCUAUAUUUUAUUAUUUGCCAAAGAUUCACAAAUCACUUAUCGAUUCUCCAGGGAGGCCAGUAAUUAGUGGCAUUGGCUCGUUGAUUAGUAAUGUUUCAGAAUAUGUAGAUCAUUUUUUACAGAAAUAUGUUCCAAAAGCUCCCUCAUACAUUAAAGAUUCAAAUCAAAUUAUUGUAGAG